CGACGGUACCAUUGGUAGUACCACGUGCUUCAAGGUGCGUCGAGAAUUCGAUUUUAGUGGGUACUCGGUCAUUAUGUGAUUCGUUUCAAAAGUCGAUCCGGAAUUGAGGCUAUGGAAAGUAGAUAUGAUGUUUCAUGUCUCGACGGAAAACAAGUAAUAAUACCUGGAGGACGUGAUAAAGAAGGGCAUUCUUUAAUUUUAAUAACCAUCCCAUCAGACUCUCCUCAAAUAGAUGCCGUACCGCCGCUUCAGUACUUACUUUCUCUAUUCAGUAAAACCAGUCGAGCGCGGGGUCUAACGGUGAUCAUUGACGCUAGAAAAGGAUCUUGGAAGAUUGCAAGGUCAUGUAUUCGGCAAGUCAAUGCAAUAUUUACGCCGGAAGAGCUAUCGAAAUUAAUCGUGGUAAGACCUGAUGCCUUUUGGGACAAACAAAGAGUGGAAAAUUGUACAAAUUCAUCAAACGACAAACAGGUUUUCUAUAUUCCGAGAUCCCGUUUGUGCAAGUUUGUGGACUUAUCUCAACUUCCCACUGAACUAGGUGGCAACUUUUUUUAUAAUCAUGACAAGUGGAUCGAAAAUAGACAGAAAGUUGAGGAGUUUUAUGGAGACUGUGAUGUAACUCUCAAAGAACUAGAUGAACUUUACCAGUAUGUAUUGGCAAGUAAACUGCUACGAGCUAGUCAAGUCCAAGAGGCUAUGAAUACGAGCUCAGAUAUGGCAGAAUCGACUAAAAUGUUAGUUUUUAAUGCAACUGAAACUGGUAAAGAACUCGUGGAGAAUAUCGAAUAUAAUAAUAGAACAAGAAAAUUAGCUUCCGAACCUGUGGAUUGUACAACCCCACAAGACACAUUGGAUACUAUGAAAAAAAUAGACGAAAUUAUUAACGAUAUUAAAAAGAAGCAAGAACAAAUAGAAGAAGCGUGGAUUCAGAUGCAAAAAGUUUAUACUGAUACCAAAGAUUUAGGUUGCUUAGAAGAAAAUAUCGCGAAGGUGAUCAAUUGGAUUCUUGGACCGGCCGAAGAUCUCCUCAACUCUUACCAAAAAGUAGGUUACGACGUCGCUUCCGCCGAAGAACUUCGAAGAGAACACGAAAGAAUUGAAUUGGAAUGUUGGGAAACUUACGGCACUUACGCGGAAUUAAUACACAAGAUCGAUAAUUUUGCUAACGUCGAAACAUUGACCGCUCAACAUAGAGAUUUGAUAUCCCAAAAGGAUUUCAUGGAUUUUGUUUGUAAAAGUUUCGCGAUGCGAUUAGAGCGGCGACGGAACGUUCUUAUAACUUCUUUGAGAUUUUAUAGGUUAGUUUCGGAAUAUUUUGAUAAAACGGCGGAAGUUUUUGAUAAUUUAGUUAUGGGGACGAAAAUUACGGAAUUCGAAGUUGCCGGUGAGAAGUUAAAGAUGUUGGAGAAGAGCCAAGAGUAUUUAGAUCAAGUGGAAUCAGAAGUUCGCAAAGAAGGCGAAAAACUAUCAGACCUACUUUCAAUGCCAGUUAAAGACUGCCUCGGCCGCGAUAUACCCGUCGAUUAUUCCGAAGACAUCGUAAAUAUCAAGGACGUCUUGGACGCAACAACUGCGCGUAAAAACAUUUUCACCGAUAGCGUCGAAUUACAAAAAUUAACCCUCAAGCAAGUAACGCAUAUCGACGAUUACGAAAAGGACACAGUUCAAGCUAUAAUAUGGUUGGAAGAGUUGUUGAAGGUGAUGUUGAGAUACCAUAAUCACGUGGGUUGUACCGUUUACGAAAUACAGAAACAAAAAGAAGAACACCUUUUAUUUCAAGAAACAGCAAAAGGCACAUACAAUUACGGAUAUCAAUUACUCAAUGCUUCCUUAAUUUUACGACAAUCCUGUAAACUUCCUUUAGACGAUCACGCUAAUUUAUAUCAACGUUUAAAAACCUCCUGGCAGAAAUUAUUUUCGAUUAGUCAAGAGCAAAUGACGAGGUUACGGGUGUCUGCUGUGUUUCAUCGUUCCGUUGAAGAACAGUGCAACCAGUUGAGAGAUUUAAGGGAAGACGUUGCCACGAUUCCGUUGAUGGAACUAGCGAAAAAGAAGAACUUGGUUGAGUAUUAUUUUGGUAAAAGGGAGAAGAUUAUGGUGGAGGUAGGAAGGAUGGUUAGGUUGGGGAAGAUGUUGAGGAAUCGGUUACAAGAAAAUUUGUGUUCCGAUGAACAGUCGUUGUGCUCUUUAUCUUCGAGUUCCGAAGAAGAUCUUUCAGAUUCCGUAACGAAGAAUGAAAUAGCCGUCGAAGCGAUCUCAGAACGACUUUCAGAAAUUGGUACUUUGACCGAAGAACUCGAUUCGGCCCUACAAAGCGCCCAACAAGACUGUUUAGUAUUCACGACUUCUAUAUCAACGUCGACGUCUUCUUUAAGCAAACAUACUUCACUUGAAACUUUGCGAAAAGAAAUGGAGAACUCACCACAUCUUCCAGAGAAACCUCCUAAACUUGAAGAUGUCAAAUCCGACGAAGAAUUCCUAACCGCUUCUGACAGUACUCUUCAACAUUCGAGAUCUUCUUCGUACAACACCGCAUCGGAAUGCGAGAAUCGCUACUCCCCUUGGUGGGAACACGGUAAAGAAGAUCUCGGUAAAGAUAUAACCAAAGAAAAAAUGGUAUUGGCGGUGGGAUUACCCGAGCUUCCUCUCGCUAAGGAAGUUCUUAAAUCAUCCCCGGAAGUUCCUGCAGGAAAAAUCGUUAGAGAAGUCACCGAAACCACCCACUUGAAGGUUCAACAAUCUCAUAGUCUCGGCGUAUCUUCUUUCGUACUUACUUCGGAAACAGUCAAAGAUAAUGAACCAGGAACGUGUGUUAGAAGAGAGGAGAUGAUAAAAAUAACAAACGAAGAUGGAGAUUUGGAGAAGAGGUUGAAGGAGUGCGGAGAUUGGAUCAGUUUGAAAAUUUUGGAAAUCACACCUGAGUUAACAACAUUAGGAAACACUUUGGAUGAAGCUCUCGAAUUACAAAAAGCACAUGAUGAAGUUCUUCGACAACUACAGAAUAAACAGAGUCCAGUGGAGGAACUCCUCCGACAGGCAGAUCAACUCAUCGCUACCCAAAAACCACGGGCAGAAGUUUACGCCGCUAUGGCGGAAUCCCUCGGCAGAGCUUGGAAAGACAUAAAUUCCACUCUCGAAAUCAGAAAAUUCAUCCUAGAUCUAAACGUUUUGUAUCACAAGAGAGCUGAAGAUUUUUUCCAUAAAUCGGAUGCCUUGGACGCCUCGUCUAAAGAUAAAACAGUUCCAAUAGAAAUUGAAACCGUAAAAGUAUUCCUAACAUCGAUACACGAUCAAAGAAGAACCAUUUUGGAAUCUCUAAUGGCUGCGUUGCAAGCUGGAAAUUCUUUAUUGGGAAAACUGAAGGAACUUGGAGCCGAAGGAACACUUGAUUCCAGACCAAAUCGAAUUCGAAGCUCUGUUAAAAGAGCUAUAUCCCAAGUACAAGGAUGGCUAGAUGAUUUACAUUUGAGAAGACAAGUUCUAGAAGGGACUUUCAACGACAGGAAGACCCAGUUAGAACAAUGUUUAGCUUUAGCGAUUCUUGCAACUGAUUUAAGGGAAUUGGAGGAAACUGUACAACAUCGAAGAGAUCUACUAGCUAAUAGCAAUCAAUAUGGAGAUUCUUCAUCUAGUGCGGAGCUAUUUCUCCACGAACACAUGAAAUUACUUCCGGAAGCUAAACAGCUUCAAGAAAGAGCUUUGAAAAUCACCAAAGCCACCGAACAAUUAGUAGCAUCAGGAUGUUUCGCUGGCGAAGAAGCUUCGCAACAAUCUUACGCCGUACUGUCUUCUACAUCUGAUUAUUUGACUGACCUUCAGACAAGAGAAUCAUUGUUGGAGAGGGUUAAAUCUUUCUUCAGGACAGCACAAACAGUUUUAACGAAAUUGAAUCAGUUGGAAAUUCAAUUAACAGCAACAGAACUUCCGAAAACAUCUCCGCAAUUGGUACAACUUCACGAACAAUGUUCGAAAGCGAUAGAGGAUGCUACUGGAGCUCCCAUAACCGAAGGAUACGCCAUUUUAGACAUUGCAGGACGUGGUACUGCCGGUACUGAAGGUAUACAACGUAUGGUAGAAGAAUUGGAAAACAAGAAAAUAAUCCUUGAAGGAUUAUGUACUGCACAUAAGGAGGAAAAUAUUAGAGUGAACGCUGCUUUAAAUAACUUUUUGGAAAAACACAACGAAAUCUAUACGUGGUUGUUAACCAUAGCGGAGGCUUUUCUUAAAGGACACAGAGAUAUGGGAAGCGAUUUACCAUUAGCUAGCGAUUUUUACGAGUUACAUAAUCAGUUGCUUAACGAUUUACAGAUCAAAGGUAACGAAAUCAACACGCUUCUACUAACACUACCCCCUAUUUUAGAAUACUUGGAAGAUAAUCAGAGAAAAGACGUGGACUUUAAAGUCGAACAACUCCACGAAAGGUGGAUGAAGCUGAAGAAUAUCUUGGAAAUAAGAAUGGAAUUGGCGAAUAUAUACGUCAAAUUCCAUAAAGAAGCGGAUAUAGUUAAUAAAGAAAUGGACAAAUUGGAUAAUCUCCUUGUUCAAAAUAAAGAUAAUGUAGACGACGAAACGAUGCGAAAGUUGGAGGAGAAGUUCGAGAGUAUAGUACCUUUUUACGAGUGCGCAAAAAAUACUGGACUCACUUUUAUAAAUCAAGCAAAAUCGAUAUCCGAACCACAUCUCGACACUCAACGGGCAUGUCUGUGCGUUGAGUCCAUUCUUGAGAGACUGUCAGGAAGGCAGUUAGUCGUAACUAGAAACUGGCAGACUUUCCACACCGAGGUGGUGGAGAAACGCGAACUUCUGGUGCGCCUCGAAUUGACCAUGGAGGAAAGCUCCAAGACAAUCAACUUAGUCUCGAAACUAGACGACAAACUAUACCCUGUGAUAACCACCGACUCCAAUAAACCAAAGCAAAUAGCCGAUUUCAUCGAAGAUAAAUUAUCGAUACUCAUCCCCGAGGUGCGAAAAUCUCAAGCAGACGUUAACGAAAAGAUAAAAACAACAGAAGCUCUAAUUCAACAAACUCAAAAUAAAGACGAAACUAAUUUAUCCGUUAAGAAGAAACUGGACGAAAUUAAUCAGAAACUUCAAGAUGCGGUGUCGGAUUAUCAAGUACUGUCUCAAGUUCUAAUAGGAUACUUUAGAAAUUUGGAAGAAAUCGAAAAGAAAGUUGAAGUAUAUAACGCAGAAUUGGAAAAAACUGGUUACCCUAAAGAUGUUACCACUGUCGAUAGGUUCUUACAGCUACACGAGGUUUUAAAGCAAACUAUAACUGAAAGAUUGAGAUUCGCUCAAGCCGAAUGUGACCAGGUCGCCGAAAGGAUCAGGAAACAGGAGCCGGAAACAGCUGCCGAACACGACAUCAACAAACUUAAACAUGUUUUAGAGCUCAAUACAUCGCAAUUUGAAGAUCAGUGGAGACAGAGACAAGAUUCUUUGUUAGCCCAUCGACAAAUAUCAUCGUUCGACCACGAUCUUAUGAAAAUUAAUGAUAGCAUAGAUGAUUUAGACAGGCAGAUGACAAAUAUUACGGGGCAAUACGGAGAAGCGGUAUCAAGUGCUAAAGCCACGUCACAAGCUUUUGGAAAUUUGGAGGAAAGUGUUCAGACUUUAGAACAAAGAAUUCAAUCUUUCAUUAAAUCUAGUGACAAAUUAAUAUCUGAAAAUCAUAAGGAAUCACCACACGUCCAAAAUGAAAUAUCCGCUCUGCAAGAUAAAUGGAAUAACUUGAAAAAUCAAAUGAAAACAAUUAGGAACCUCAUAGAUACCAGCAUUAGAUAUUUCCAGUUUGUAGAAGAGGCCGACGAAUGGUUUAGAGAAGGCAGUAAACUUUUAGUAACCAUAGCAAGAAAAUCCACAGCAAUAAAGAAGCCUGAAGAAGCUGAAGAACUACUUAACGAAAUCUCCCAGUUCCUUACGCCUGGAGAAGAAAAACAAAACGAAAGAAUAAAAAAUAUAUCGGAAUUAGCAGUGAAAUUAUACGGUCAAGAUCAAUCUAAAUACGCUCCGGUGUUAAAAGGGAACAAAGAAAUGCUAGAAUCCUUCAAAUCUAUUAUAAAAGAGCUUAACACGUUAGCCAAUAAUUUACGACAAGCAGAAGAAGAACGCAAGCGAGCGGAAAGAGAGAAAGCAGAAGCUGAAUUGGCGGAACAAGCCAGACAACAAGCCGAAGCUCAACGUAAAGAAGAAGAAAGAUUAGCAGAACAAGCAAGAAAAACGGAAGAAGCUAGAUUAGCCGAAGAACGAAGAAAAGCAGAAGAAGCUAGAUUAGCAAAUGAGGCUAGAAUAGCUAAAGAAAAAAUAGAAGCGGAAGAACGGAGAUUAGCCGAUGAAAAACGAAAAAUUGAAGAAGUAAAAAUAGCCGAACAAGCAAGACUAGCCGAAGAAAGACGACAAGCUGAAGAAGCUAAACGCGCAGAAGAAGAAAGAUUAGCAGAAGAAAGACGAAAACUUCUAGAAGAGAAACAAAGAUUACAACAAGCUAAAAUAGAAGAGGAAGCUAGAAGAGCCGAGGAAGCUAAAUUAGCCGAAGCUAGAAGAUCCGAAGAAUCUAGAUUAGCCGAAGAAAAAUGUAAACUCGAAGAAAUUAAAUUGAAACAACAAAAAGAAGCGGAAAGAUUACGAUUAGAAGAAGAACGACAAAAAGCGGAACAAGCUAAAAUAUCGGAACUGAAGAAACAUACUUUAGAAAUAACUGAAAUUACCGACGUACAUAAAAUAGAGAUACAAAACGCCGCUAAUAAAAGAAUACCAUCACCAAUACCUAUUGUAGAAGACGCUAGUGAAGCUCCUGUUUUCGUUUCACCUCUCAGCGAUGCGGUAAUCGAAGAAGGAAAUAAAUUCACUUUCAUGUGUAGAGUUACAGGUCAUCCAACUCCAAUAGUCCAUUGGUACAAAGCAGGACUUUCAAUACAAAAUAACCCAGAUUAUAGAACCUCCUUUCAAAAUGGUUUGUGCACUUUAACAAUAGAAGAAACCUUCGCGGAAGACUCGGCGAGGUAUACGUGUAGAGCAACGAAUCAAGCAGGAGAAGACGAAACUUCGGCGGUAUUAUCGGUGAAAGAAAACGAACCUGAAGAAGUGCUAGCCGCACCGUCUUUCGUCAAAUUACUUCAACCUUCCGUAGCUAAAGAAGGUACGACAUUUCAAUUCGAAUGUCAAGUGGACGGGAAUCCUCUACCAACUGUUCAAUGGUACAAAAACUCUGAUUGUAUCGAUAAUUUUCCUGAGUUUGGUAUUACUUAUAAUAACGGAAAUGCUAUAUUGAAAUUUGAGAAAGUGGGAUUGGAUGAUAAAGCCGAAUAUACCUGCAAGGCUUCUAAUCAACUGGGUACUGCUCAAAGUACCGCCAAUUUAAUAAUUACACCGUCUGAACCUGCUGAAGUUCCAGUAUUUAUUACCCCAUUGUCGAACGUAAUGGCGAGGGCAGGUCAGAAGAUAAAAUUGGAAUGUGAAAUUUCGGGAUUGCCCCCACCAAUUCUAACUUGGUCACACAACGGGAAAACAGUCAAAGAAACUCGUGAAAUUAAAUUACAGCAAGAAGGUAACAAAGCAAUUCUGUUAGUACUAGAAGCAUUCCCAAAAGAUGCUGGUACUUACUCGAUAAUCGCCAAAAAUUUAGCCGGAGAAGCUACUAGCACCUGUAGCGUUUCCGUUAAAGGUCGUUUACCAACAGAAACCUCAGAUUCCGAAAUAGCAAGUGACAUGGAACCAAUAAAACCUUCAGUACAACUACCUCUCACCAAUACCAAUGCUAAAGAAGGCACCAGAGUACGACUAGAUUGUGUAAUAGUCGGACAACCGGAACCAGAAGUAAUAUGGUACCACGACGAUCAACCCGUUAAAGAAUCCCAAGACUUUCAGCUACUUUUCCAAGGCGAUCGUUGUUCUUUAAUUAUUCUAGAAGUACUUCCAGAAGACGCUGGUGAAUACAAAGUGGUCGCGUUGAAUUCGGCUGGCGAGACUUCUAGUAAAUGCACGUUGAGCGUAACUGAAUCAGAUACAGAGAAACUACAAGAAGAAAAAUCAGGAACGGCGCCGAAAUUUUCGAAAUUAUUAACGGACGUGUUAGUUUCCGAAGGAGACAAAGUUAUUCUAGAAGGAAAUGUAAACGGCGAACCGAAACCCGAAAUAAAAUGGUUGCUAAAUAAUUUACCGAUAACCGAUGUUGAACAUUUUAUUUUCACUUACGACGACGAAGGAAAUGUUAGGCUAGAAAUCAAUAACGUCAAACCAGAAGAUAAAGGAGUGUAUACUGUGAAAGCUUCGAAUUCUAUAGGGGAAGCAAAAUGUUUUGCUCAGUUGAUAGUGAAAUCGUUUAAACCAACGGAGACAGUCCAACACGAAGAACAGAAGCAACCUCCAGAUUUUAAGGAAGGAUUCAGCGAUAGGAGCAUCGUGGAAGAAAGUUCCACAAAAUUCGAAUGUAUCGUCGUGGGAAAACCCACACCGAAAGUAAAAUGGUUGUUUAAUGGCGAACAAAUAUCAGGCAAAGAUUUUUUGAUAUCAACUUCUGGUAAUAGACAAGUUUUAUCCAUUCCAAACGCCAAACAACAACAUUCCGGUACCGUAACCUGCGUCGCGGAAAACGAAGUUGGUAAAGCUACUUGCAUAGCAAAUCUACAAAUACAACCAGCUGGUUCCAUUUCUCAACAAGAAAAUCAAUUAGAAUUACGACCUAUCUUACCUCUAUCCACCGAAAAGACCCAACAUACGGAAACUUCGUAUAGAAUCAGUAGAGAAGUGGUGACUCAAUCUGCAACGUCUCACACAAGCAAAAUAAUAUCAACCAAUUCGGAAAUGACUCAACCGUAUAUCGAGGAACAUCGUGUCUCGUCUCAAAAAGCUCAAACGUUCAAACAAAUAAAUCAAGAAACUCCGGAUGUGAGGGAAUGUCAAAAAACGGAGGAGUAUCACAAAAUUGGAGAUCAACCGCCGGUGUUUCACGAAAAAACUUCGACUACUUUCGCUAUAGGGAACGCUCAAAAACAUAUAACGUCAAAUCAAGAACUAAUUCAAAAAACUCCGUCUAAAAUCAGACCUCCUAAAUUUAUUUCGCCGGUUAUUGGUAAAAUAGUGGAUCAAGAUGUGGAUGUUAUUCUCGAGGGGAUUUUAGACGGUCAACCGACUCCUCAAAUAAAAUGGACUAAGAAUGGCGAAGAUAUCAAAGAAGAUAACAGACUAACUACUACUUGGUAUUUAAAUAAAACCACUUUGGAGAUUAAAAAUGUUAAUGUACAAGAUGCCGGAAGGUACUCGUGUACAGCUAUCAACGAAGCCGGUACUGCUGUUAGUACCGCAGAUUUAGUGGUUAGAAAAACUAUUUUCCCUCCAGUUUUUGGUCGUCGUCUUCAAGCUCAGGUUAUAAAAAAAGGUGAUAGGGUCGUAAUGGAAGUCGAAGUGACCGGUACCCCAGAACCAACCGUUACUUGGUAUAAAGAUGGGAACCUCAUCGGCGAUUCUACGAAAACUGGUUAUAAAAUAAAAUCGAUGGGACAAAACCAUACCCUUACUAUUGGUAAAGCUGAAAUGAGCGAUUCCGGUCGAUUUAUGGUACGAGCUGUAAACUCUGGAGGAGAAGCUCAAAGUAUAGCAGAUAUAGCUGUUAUCGAACCAGCUCCAGAUAGUAUGGUAGAAGUUGUUAAAACCGUCGUUUUUGAAGAUAUAAAGAAACAUGAAACACUCGAACUAGUGACUACGCCAAUCGUAACAAGUCAGGUGAAAUAUGAAACUUUUCCUUACAAACCGGAACCAGAAAAAGCGAAAACGAAAGUACCACCGCCGCCGAGUCCAUCGAGAUUCGUCAAAGGUGAGUUCCGGGAAAGUGACUACGAAAGCGAUUACGAAAAAAAGAUUCCCGCAAUAUGGGGUUCUAAUCAAGAACCAUCUUUCAAACCGGUCCACCCGAUUCUAACCCCGACUAAACAGCAUGGUCAACAAUACGGACACACCCCUACCCCACCCACCGAGUUUGAACGACCGCCCCAAGAUUUUUCACCCGCUCGACCCAAAUUUGAACCUAUCAAACCCGAAAUAAAACCAGCGCAGAAGAACGUCGUUUAUAAACCUAAACCUAUAUCGGCGACUUCUGCAGAAUAUAUAAAGAAAGAUAUCGUAUUACAACCUGGCACUCCUCCUGAGAUCGCUUACGCUCCUGCUCCGAAGAAAACGCAGUAUUACAAAUCUACAGUUAGCGCCCCCUAUACGAAUGCUAUUCAACAAGAAACUUCCAAUGUAGUUCAUUUCAACGAAUCAACUGAAAAUUGUCACAGAACGAUGAGCGUACAACAAACACAUAAAAUCAUCAAAUUCGGCGAUAAAUAUAAAAAAGAAGAAAAAUUAGAACCGUUUCCUUUCCAACCUGAACCGGAACGUAAUAGAAGAUCGACCAGCGUCCCUCCACCUCCCACUCCGACAAAAUUCAUACCGGGAGAAUUCAGAGAAAGCGAUUACGAGAGCGAAGUAGAGAAUACGAAAAUAAAACAAAAAUGGACACCGCGCGGCGGCGAAGAUAGGAAUCAAUAUAGGAGAGUUAGAGCCCCGGCGGCUGUUAGAUCUUCUAGCGUUCCAGCACCAAAAGAUCGCGUACUAAGUCCGAUGGACUUUGAUACGCCACCAACUAAAUUAGAUUACACAGACAGCGCUAGUAGAAAACACUACGAUUCCGUUUAUAGAAAAUUCACAGAAAAUAAUAAUACGAAUUUAGUAAAAAGGAGUUAUUCCCACGAACCUGGACUCAAACCUGGAUCUCCUCCCGAGUAUGGAUACGCUACUGAUCAAAGAAUAGUUAAGCAAACAGCCACUAAAGUCGCUUCUCAACACAUGGACAGCAUGACUCAAGCUUUCAAAUCGAAAACUCAAAAAUUCGUUACUGACAUUAUGGAGGAUGUAAAUAAACAGAAAACUUUGAAAAAUGGACCUGAUGGAGAUGCGCAAGUAUAUAGGGAGGAAUCUAGGGCCGCCCAAUACGGAACAAAACACGUAGACCCAGAUACCGGCCUAAUCUACUUCAAGUACGAUUUCGGUUACGAAUUCGGCAUAAUCUUACCAGGUGAAGGUGGUAAACAAGGUGGGGUGGUACCCGCGCCGAAGAAGACAGUCAUCGAACCACCUAAAAGAACCAAAGACAUCGAAUUGCCGGUUUACCACGAAAAAACGACUCCUAAUCUCAAUUCUUCGACGCAAUUUAAACCGAAAAAAUUUAAUAAGUCCGGGAAAUGGGAACCGACUUCGGAAAGCGAGAUGUCGGAUUACGAGAGAGAUGGUAAAGGAGCGAAUUUGUUGCAAGGUUCGAGAUGGGAACCGUCUUCAUGUAGUCCCGCAUCUUUGUCACCUAGUUUACCUAGCACGUCACCAGCUUUUAAUAAUACUUUCGCAGUACCGGGAAGACCUCAAACACCACCGAGUUGUCCCAGCACUCCAGGCAGUAUUCAUGGUAAACACAUUUUGAAUCCAUCCCAAGCUAGAGCUCCCAUGUUUAUAACGCCUCUUCGUGAUAUCGCCGUUGUAGCCGGUCAAGCCGCCAAAUUCGAAUGCAUCGUUCAAUCAGAACCACAACCCAACAUUCUCUGGUCGAAAAACGGACGAAUCAUCCAAGAUUCGAGGGAUUAUCAACUUCAUUUCAGGAAUGGAGUUUGUAGAUUGACCAUAUCGCAAGCUUAUCCUGAGGACGCGGGAGUGUACGCUUGUACUGCUACUAAUCCAGUAGGUACUGCCAAUACGACAGCUACUCUAGAAGUACCAGGUGUUCCUUCUCAUAUGUACGGUACAUAUAGACAAUUUACUACUGUCAAAAGGAAUAUUUCUCCUGAUUUGGAAUUAUAUAAACGUCCGGUAUCUCCUGGCAACUUACCGUUUCCCAUUGGUGGUCAGAUGUCCCAACAACAAAUUCAGCAAAUUCCCGGCUUUGGCCCUAACGCUCAACCUCCGGUGUUCGAGAAGGUGUUCAGCAACGCCAGAUUCGCCCAAGGAGGAAAAGCUACGUUCGAAGGUAGAGUAACGGGAAAACCGCAACCAACAGUAACCUGGACGAGAAACGGAGCACCUCUACUUAGUACUCAAAAACAUCGAUUAACAUAUAAUGAAUCUACCGGGGAUAUUAUCUUCGAAAUAAAUAAUAUCGGACCCGGAGAUGAAGGGGAAUAUGUUUGUAAUGCUAAAAAUCAAUACGGCGCCGCUAUUUGUUCGGUUUAUAUAUCUCCAGAAGGUAUGCAGAUACCUCAAAGACAAGCGUUUUCUAAAUUUGAUCAAACGACCAGUUAUACCAAUGGUACUACUACUACGAUAACUGAAGAUUUCAAAAUUGACACUUUCGAAUAUAGAAUUUUGAGAGAAGUUUCGUUUAGAGAAUCUAUAACGAGAAGAUCUAGUUACGAAAAAGAUUCCCAAAUAUCGACGACGAUCGAAAGGUCUUUGGGACCCCCAGCACCCCCGCAGUUUGCACAAAAGCCGCGAAAUUCCAAAUUACUCGAAGGUUCUGAUGCGGUUUUCAGCUCGAAACUAUCAGCUAAUCCAAGACCUCGAAUUACUUGGUUUAAAAACGGACAAAGAAUCACCGAUUCUCAAAAAUACGAAACUAGUUUUACGAAUAAUCAAGCUUCUUUACGAGUUAAACAAGCUACAUCCGACGAUACCGGUCAUUACACCCUACUAGCCGAAAAUCCUCAAGGGUGCGUUGUUUCUUCAGCAUAUUUAGCCAUUGAACCAGUAACGACACAAGAAGGUCUAAUCCACGAAUCGACUUUCAAACAACAACAAAUCGAAAUAGAUCAAACAGAUUCUAGUAAAACGUUAGCACCAAACUUCGUAAGAGUCUGCAACGACAGAGAUGUAACCGAAGGAAAAAUGACUAGGUUCGAUUGUAGAGUCACUGGUCGUCCUUAUCCGGAAGUUACUUGGUUCAUCAACGGUAAACAAGUAGUAGAUGACCACAAUCAUAAGAUAUUAGUAAACGAAUCCGGUAAUCACGCUCUUAUGAUCACAACAGUUAGUAGAAACGACUCCGGUGUUGUAACUUGCGUAGCUAGAAACAAAACUGGAGAAACCUCCUUCCAAUGUAACCUCAACGUUAUCGAAAAAGAACAAGUAGUAGCACCUAAAUUCGUCGAAAGAUUCACAACUGUUAACGUGGCCGAAGGAGAACCGGUAAUAUUGAAUGCUAGAGCCGUCGGUACACCCACACCACGUAUCACUUGGCAGAAGGAUGGUAUACUGCUAGUAAACAGUCCCGACGUUAGGAUUGCGACUGACGGUGGAGCUUCCUCUUUGGACAUACCGAGAGCAAAAGCUUCAGAUGCUGGUUGGUAUCAAUGUACUGCCCAAAAUGUCGCCGGCUCCACCGCUACUCGCGCUAGAUUAUUCGUACAAGUACCGCAGAGUACGACGCCCGAACCAAGACGCCUACAUCUUCCUAGGCCCACGAAAGUCAUCGAACCUGAACCCGAACCUGGCCCAGAAGUGAUUUAUCUUCGCCACGUUGAACGAUCUCGUCCUCAAGCAGCACCCGGCGAUGAGGAUCGUGUAUAUCCUCCGCCUCAAUUUAUCAUUCCUUUAAGGGAUGCAGUUCAGUUUGAGGGGGGAAAAAUCCACUUCGAAGCUAGAAUUGAACCAGUUGGAGAUCCGACGAUGCGCGUAGAAUGGUUUUUGAAUGGAAAACCUUUAGCAGCUAGUAGUAGAACCACGUCGAUAUUUCGCUUUGGUUUUAUAGCUUUAGAUAUAAUUAGCUUAAUAAUGAACGACAGCGGCGAAUAUGUUUGUCGAGUUACAAGCGCAACGGGAUGCGUAGAAUCCCGCGCGAUGCUUAGCAUUAACCCCAGGGCUUCUAUUGAACAAAGUAGUCAGCACCCUGAUAGCUUACAAUAUAUCCAGCACUUGGAAGACUAUUCAAAAUAUCAAAGAAUGGACAGUUUAGAGGAAAGAACAAAUCAAAAGCCUCAUUUCAUCCGUCCACUCCAAAAUCUAGGAGAAUUGCAGGAAGGUAGAAACGCUCAUUUCGAAGCUCAACUAACUCCAGUAAGCGAUCCGACUAUGAAAGUGGAGUGGUACAAAGAUGGCCGACCUAUUACCGCCAGUUCACGAAUUACCACCAUCUUCAACUUCGGUUACGUUUCUCUCAAUAUAAUGCACCUACGGGCCGAAGAUGCAGGAUCGUACACUGUGCGGGCAGUAAAUCAUUUAGGAGAAGCUAUCAGUACAGCAAAUAUAAACGUUUAUUCAAAAUCUUCAGUCACCGGUGAUCUGGGAAUACCAGAACAACAAAAAUACAUCGAAGAAGUCGAAAGAUUAGAAGCUUAUCAACAACAACAACAUCAAAAGUACGUUCUGGAAUCACCCGAAAGUACUCAAGCGCCAGUAUUCAAGACACCUAUCAAGGAUCAAAACGAAAUACGAGAAGGAGGAUUCGCACAUUUUGAAGCUCGCUUAGAACCGGUGGGAGAUUCUACUCUCAAAGUCGAGUGGUUCAAGGAUAAUCAUCCUUUAGAGGCCAGUUCGAGAAUAACUAGCUUCUUCAAUUUCGGUUACGUAGCAUUAACUAUUAAAGAUGUAACAAUACACGAUGUAGGUCAUUAUACAUGUCGCGCGUACAACGCUAUAGGACAAGCUACGACUACAGCUCAACUUAGCGUCGUAAGUAAAAAAGAUAUUAGCUUCGAUUCCCAACACCCAAGUGGUUUGGAAAAAAUCCAACACUUGGAAGAUUCCACUCGAUACAAUCGAACUUCCAAAGAGGAAGUACAAGUUACGCAAAAACCUAGGUUUUUGGGACCACUAAAAGGCACAAAUAGAAUCGUUGAAGGACAACGCGGACAUUUCGAAGCUAGAGUAGAACCUCAAAGUGAUACCACGCUGAAAAUUGAAUGGUACUUCAACGGUAAACCAAUACAACCAGCAAACAGAAUACAAACUUAUUACGAUUUCGGAUACGUCGCUUUAGAUAUUUUAAGUGUAAGAGAAGAAGACGCGGGAACGUACACGGUUGUCGCCAGAAACGCUCUAGGAGAAGCCCAAUUAUCAGCCAGCAUGACAGUUGAAACGAGAUCCAGUAUCGAUACAAGAAGUAUGCAUCGCGGUGCAUACGACAAAACCAAACAUAUCGAACAAUCUAAAUUCGUCGAGCCUCAAUACCAAAUAGAAGAACUAUGUAAAUCGAAACCGGUCUUCGUAGUACCUCUAUCGGAUCCAGCUCCGGUAUCUGAAGGUAAAAAUAUUCAUCUCGAAUGUCGAUUAGAACCGAUGGGCGAUCCGACGAUGAGAGUAGAAUGGUACUGCAACGGAAGACCAGUCACCGUCGGUUCUAGAUUUAGAACGUACAACGACUUCGGAUUUGUUGCUUUAGACAUUAUCCACGCGAACGCCGCCGAUUCCGGAGAAUAUACAGUACGAGCUGUUAAUCAAUUAGGUUCAGCGCAUACUUCAUCUUGCGUUAGAGUUAUUUCCUCAUCGUCAGAUAUAAUAACCGACUCACAACAUGAGCAAUCCCUCGAACAAAUUCAACAUCUAGAAGAUUCUUCGCGCUAUCGUAAACACAUAGCUGAAGAUGUGACUGUUUUACAAGCUCCGCAGUUUACUAGAUCGUUACAUAAUAUCGAAACCGUCGAAGGUACUAAUGUACAUAUGGAAUGUCGUCUUCAACCCGUCGGUGAUCCUACUAUGAGGGUUGAAUGGUUCGUAAACGGCGUACCGGUAAAAACUGGUCACCGAUUCAGACCAGCUUACGAUUUCGAUUACGUCGCUUUAGAUCUUUUGAGCGUAUAUCCCGUCGAUUCCGGUGUAUAUACUUGUCAAGCUAGAAAUCAAUUAGGAGAAGCGGUGACGUCGUGCUCAGUGAAAGUAAUCGCGAAAAAAGAUUUAUUAUUCGAAUCGCAGCAUCCGGCGGGUCUAGAAAAAAUCCAGUAUCUAGAAGAUUCCUCUAGAUACAAAAGAACCGAGUUCGUUGACGAACAAGUUACGGUUAAACCGAAAUUCGUAACCAAACCGAAGAAUUUGGAAAAUAUGACCGAAGGUAAACACGCUCAUUUCGAAUGUAAAAUCGAACCGGUAACCGAUCCGAAUUUGAAAGUCGAAUGGUUUAAAAACGGUCGUCCGGUAACGGUGGGCCACCGAUUUAGACCAAUUCACGAUUUUGGUUACGUAGCUCUCGAUGUUGUCGAUCUUAUAUCUGAAGAUUCCGGAACUUAUACGUGUCGAGCAACAAAUCUAGUCGGAACCGAUGAAGUUAACUGCGUCUUACGAUGUAGACCUUCGGGACAGAUAAUCACUUCUACUCAAAACGAAACUGGAUUGCAACAAAUUCAACAUCUAGAAGAUCGUUCUAGAUACCAUAGAAAAGAAGAAGUUGAAGAAUUAACAACACAAGCUCCUAUAUUCACGACGUCCUUAAAAAAUAUCGAUAUCAGGGAAGGACAAAGAGCUCAUUUUGAAUGUAGAUUGAUUCCAGUAUCUGAUCCUACUAUGAAAGUCGAAUGGUUCCAUAACGGAAAACCGUUAAAAUCUGGUUCCAGAUUCACCGAAACCAAUAAUUUCGGCUUCGUAGCUUUAGACAUCCUUUAUACUUAUCCGGAAGAUUCAGGAACGUACACUUGUAGAGCUACAAACGCUUUAGGAGAAGCUGUAACUUCUGCCAUUUGUAACGUCCAAUCUAAAAAAUCAAUUUACUUGGAAUCAGUACACGAAGGAGCUUUGGAGCGCAUCACGGAGCUAGAAGAUUCCUCGAGGUAUCAAAGAAAAACUGUACAAGAAGAAACAAUCAGUCAAGCGCCUUGCUUCACUAUGCCGAUUAAAGAUUUAAAAGUAGCAGAAAAUCAAGCAGCUCAUUUCGAAGCUAGAUUAAUUCCAGUAGGAGAUUCUCGUUUGAAAGUCGAAUGGUUACGAAAUGGAGUACCUAUACAAGCUUCAAAUCGUUUAACUACGAUGCACGAUUUUGGUUACGUCGCUCUUAAUAUGAAAUACGUCAAUCCGGAAGAUUCUGGAACGUAUACUUGCAGAGCUGUAAACGAUUUAGGUGAAGCAGUUACAUCAGCAACAUUGUUUGUUCAAUCUAAAGCAUCUCUUCAACUCGAAUCUCAACACGAAGGAGCUUUAACAAAAUUACGUCAACUAGAAGAUUCUAGUAGAUACCAAAGACGUGAAGAAGAAGAAAUAUCAAUCACUACCGCACCGAUUUUCACUACCAAAUUAAACGGUCCAGCCGAAAUCUUCGAAGGACAAAGUGCCCAUUACGAAUGUAGAAUAGAACCGUACAUGGAUACCGAUCUCAAAGUAGAAUGGUUCCAUAAUGAUAAACCUUUAACAACUGGUCAUAGAUUUAGAACAGCUUACGAUUUUGGUUUCGCCAGUCUCGAUAUAUUGACAGCUUACGCUGAAGAUACCGGUGAAUAUACUUGUAGAGCUACAAAUCGUAUCGGGCAAGCUAGUUCUUCAGUCGUAACAACCGUUAAAUCUAAAUCAUCAAUUAUUAGAGAUACUCAACACGAAGGAGCUCUCCAAAAAAUUCAACAUCUAGAAGACGAUUCAAAAUAUAAACGUAUAUCACACGAAGAUGCUAUCGUUUUAGAGAAACCACAAUUCGGUAGAGGAUUAAAAACAAUCGAAAAUUUACCAGAAGGAGCUACCGCUCAUUUAGAAGCUACUUUAACUCCAGUAAACGAUCCGACUAUGCGAGUUGAAUGGUUCUGUAACGGAAGACCGAUACAAACUGGUCACAGAUUCAAAACUACUUACGAUUUCGGUUACGUAGCUUUAGAUAUUUUGUACGCUUACGCAGAAGAUACCGGUACUUAUAUGUGUAAAGCUAAAAACGCCGUGGGAGAAGCAGUAACAACCGCCGGUGUAUCAGUAACAGCAAAAUCCGGUCUCUAUUUAGAAACUCUCGAUGAACAACGUUUAUCUAAGAUAAGACAACUCGAAAGCUACGAAAGACCAAAGAAAGAAGAAAUCGAAACCGCUCCACAAAAGCCGGUAUUCCUAACUCCAUUGAUAAGUCUGGAGAAUCUCAAAGAAAGCGAACAUGCUCAUUUAGAAUGUAGAGUAGAGCCUGUGAACGAUCCUAACCUAAAAAUUGAAUGGUACGUAAACGGUGUAAAAUUACGAGCUGGACAUCGAUUUAGAACAACGCACGAUUUUGGAUACGUAGCUUUAGAUAUUUUGUAUACUUACGCCGAAGACAGCGGUACAUAUAUGUGCAAAGCUACUAAUUUAGUAGGGGAAGCGGUAAAUACGUGUACGAUUAAAUGUGGAAGUAGAAAAAGUAUUAUAUUCGAUACUCAACAUCCGGAAGGUUUAGAAAAAAUUAGGGAAUUGGAAGCGCAAGGACACCACGCUCGUUUAGAGAUAGAAGAACCCACACCUACACCUCCUACUUUCGUAACGGAAUUAAGAGGAACUACGGAAAUUUACGAAGGACAAACGGCUCAUUUCGAAGCUCAAGUUCAACCAAUUCACGAUCCAAAUUUGAGAAUUGAAUUCUACCAUAACGGUAAACCAUUACCUUCAGCUUCCAGAUUCCAUAUUACUUUCGAUUUCGGAUAUAUAGCUCUCGAUAUCGGUCACGCCGUACCCGAAGACGCCGGUGAAUAUUCCGUUAAAGCUAUCAACAAUCUAGGUCAAUGCGUUUCUUCUAUAAACCUCAAAGUAAUCGCUAAAAGUAAUAUCAUAUUAGAAUCACAAAGACCCGAAGGUUUAGAAAAAAUUAGACAACUCGAAGAACAUACACCUUAUAAACGUCCAGAAACCGAAGAACCCGUCACUAGACAAAGACCUGUCUUUACACAACCACUUCAAAACAUCGAUUUUAUUCAAGAAGGACAAACGGCUCAUUUCGAAUGUCGUUUGAUUCCCGUAGGAGAUCCAACAUUAAAAGUAGAAUGGUUCAGAAACGAACAACCGUUAGAAGAUAGUUCUCGUAUAACUAAAAUCCACGAUUUCGGUUUCGUCUCCCUCGAUAUCACACAUAUAAGAGCUGAAGACGAAGGUGUAUAUAUUUGCAGAGCUACAAAUCCACUCGGAGAAGCCGUUACGACAGCAUCUAUGAAAAUUAGAACUGAAGCCAGCAUCCUGUUGGAUACUCAACAUCCCGAAGCUCAAAAGAGAAUAGCUCUUCUCGAACAACCGCAAGCUCCUAAACCGGACGAACCCGAACGUCAAUUCGAAAAACCGAUAUUUACUCAAUUACUCACCGGUCCUUCCGAACUCUGGGAAGGACAACACGCUCAUUUUGAAGCUAGAGUCGUACCGGUCGGCGACGCCGAUUUAAAAUUCGAAUGGUACGUCAACGGAGUCGAACUCAAACUAGGAUCGCGAUUCAAAGUAACCCACGAUUUCGGAUUCGUUACUUUGGAUAUUAUGUCUACGGUAAAAGAAGAUUCCGGAGUUUAUAUGUGUAAAGCUAUCAAUAAAUCAGGAGAAGCAGUUUCUUCUAUAUCUAUGAAAGUUAAACCUCGAUCUAAUAUCGUCGGCGAACCUUUGCAACCCGACGCUUGGCAAAAGAUUCAACUCAAAGAAGCCGAAAUGAAUAAAGUACCAGAAAUGUUUGUCGAUACUACACCUCAACAACCACCAGUUUUUACUACGCAUUUAAAGAGUUACGAUAAACUCGUAGAAGGACAACACGUUUAUUUGGAAGCGCAAGUAGAACCAAGAGCAGAUCCUAAUUUACGUAUCGAAUGGUUUAAGAACGGAAUAUCUUUAGCUACCGGUACUAGAUUACGUAGUACUUUCGAUUUUGGUUUAGUUACUUUAUCUAUUAACGGAUUAAGAGAAGACGAUUCGGCUAUAUAUACUUGUAAAGCGACUAAUAAACUCGGAGAAGCUAUUUCGACGUGUUCGUUAAAGAUCGAAGACAGACAUUGGUUAUUAGGACAAACUUUACAUCCCGAUGCUAUUCCCAAAUUAGAAGCACUCGAAAAACAUCCCGAAGUUAAAAAAGAUACUCCCGAACCAGUAUACGAACUUCCUAUUUUCAUAAGUCAUUUAAACAACGUCGAAUGUAUGGAAGGAGAUAACGUACAUUUUGAAUGUAAUGUGGAACCUUCAAAAGAUCCAACUCUUAAAAUAGAAUGGUUCGUAAAUGGAAAACCUCUUCCGUCUGGUGCCAAAUAUAAAUCGACUUACGAUUUUGGUUACGUAGCUUUAGACAUAAUUCAUUCUUAUGAAUCCGAUUCCGGAAUAUAUACUUGUAAAGCUACCAACAGCAAAGGAUCAGCUACAACUUCCGGAUCGUUACGUUGUAUUCCCAAACAGAACAUCUAUUUAGAUACUCAACAUCCUCAAGGUAAAGCCGGACUCGAAGCUGUACAAGACGUCGAAGAGGCCAUCGCCGGCAAAUAUAGAAGACAAACAUCAGCACCGGAAAAAGAUUACGGUAAACCCGUUUGGGUUAUUCCUCUUAAUCCCGAAUUUAAACUCACAGAAGGACAACCUUUGCAUCUCGAAGGUACAGUAGAACCCAAAGAAGAUCCUAACAUGAAAAUCGAAUGGUUCUUUAACGGAAAAUCCAUCGAACACGGUAGCAGAUUUAAAUUCACGCAAGAAUUCGGUUUCGUCACAUUAGAUGUCACCGAUGUUUACGAAAGAGAUCAAGGUAUCUACACUUGCAAAGCUUCCAAUAAAAACGGCGAAGCUUUUACUUCAACUACCAUAUACUGUACCGGCAAAUCUAAUCUAAUCGAACGCACUCAACAUCCUAAAGGACAAGAAGGUCUUGAGAAGAUACAAGAUUUGGAGGAUUCGCUUCAUCGACCGGAUAUGCCGAAAGCUGAACUCGAAGAAGGACACGCUCCCGUCUUCACUUCCGAAUUUACCAACCUCACUAAUCUUAAAGAAGGAGAAAUAGCCCAUUUCGAAGCUGGUUUAACUCCAGUAGGUGAUCAAACUAUGAAAGUCGAAUGGUUUUAUAAUGGUAAAACUAUCGAAGCUUCCCAUAGAUUUAGAACCGUACAUGCUUUCGGUAUGGUCGUAUUAGAAAUUCUCGGAACUAAAAUUGAAGAUUCCGGUACAUACACUUGCGUAGCUACUAAUAAAUGGGGUAAAGCCGAACAAAGCGUCACCUUACAAUGUACGGAGAAAAUUUCCGGACAAAAACCGGUAUUUACAACUCAUAUCAAAGAUAUUGUCGGUCUUAAAGACGGCCAAUCGGCUCAUUUCGAAUGUACUUUGAUCCCAGUUAACGAUCCGGAUCUUAAAGUAGAAUGGUACCAUAACGGACAACCAAUUUUAGAUAAAAACAGAAUAAAAACCGUAUCCGAUUUCGGUUUCGUCGUAAUGGAUAUUUCUUAUAUUCAAGACCACGAUUCUGGCGAAUACGUUUGUAGAGCUUAUAAUAAAUACGGCGAAGAUUUCACUAAAGCUACGAUAUCAGCUCGUGGAAGAGCGGGCGUAUUCACCGAUACCCUACAACCGGAAUCUUUAGCUAAAAUUAGGGAAUUAGAAAGUUUACAAGGUCAACAAGCUCAAGCUCCGUCUACACCAGUUACCGAACCACCCAAAUUCGUCACUCAAAUACAAGACGUUACGAAAUUGGUCGAAGGACAAAGCGCGCACUUCGAAGCUCGUCUUACUCCAGUUACCGAUCCGGAUCUUGUAGUAGAAUGGUACUAUAAUGGUAAGAAACUACCUCACGGUCAUAGAUACCGUACCUUCCACGAUUUCGGUAUCGUUAUUCUUGAUAUUCUAUAUUGUUACGAAGAAAAUUCUGGAGAAUACGAAUGCAGAGCGUACAAUAAAUACGGUCAAGAUUCCACUAAGGCUUAUUUGAAAUGCGUAUCGAAGACGAAUUUGAUCUUGGACUCGCAACUCCCGCGGGGCAUGGAAGGUGGUCUAGAAAAAAUACAAACUUUAGAAGACUCGAUGAUACGAACUAAAGAAGAAAGAGAAGACACAAAGAUUGGUAAAGCGCCUGUUUUCACCGUUCCAUUGUCGAAUAUCGACAGUCUCCGAGAAGGAGAAAACGCUCAUUUCGAAGCUAGACUUAUACCAACGGACGAUCCUAAACUCAAAGUUGAAUGGUUCUGGAAUGGUAAACCUCUCCGAACAGGUUCGAGAUUCCGUACUUUCUGCGAUUUCGGUUUCGUAAUACUCGAAAUCUCGCCGGUUUACCCCGAAGAUUCCGGAGAAUAUUCUUGUAGAGCUUUCAACGAAUACGGCGAAGCGGUAACUACAGCAUCAAUGAAAGUAUCCGGUAAAAGGAGUAUCAUACUUGAAUCACAAUUACCUAAAGGUAUGGAAGGUACUAUAGAUAAAAUCGCCGAAUUAGAAGGAUUAGGAGCCGCGCCUGCUCAAUUAACACCAGACGACGAUACCGGUAAACCACCGGAAUUUAUAACUUCCCCUUCGGAUUUGAUAUUAAACGAAAACGGUUUAGCUCAUUUCGAAUGUAGAUUGAUACCCGUAAACGAUCAAAGUAUGAGAGUGGAAUGGUUCCAUAACGGAAAACCGCUCUGGUCGGGAUCUAGAAUUAAAACAAUCAACGAUUUCGGUUUCGUAAUUUUAGAAGUAUCAGGCGUAUAUCAAAGAGAUUCCGGUUUAUAUACUUGUAAAGCAACAAAUCGCCAUGGAGAAGCUACAGUUUCAUGUCAAUUACAAGUGAAAGGACGACAAGGUAUCAUCAUGGAACCGCAAUUACCUUCAAAUUUCCGUACGGGAACCGAAAGUAUACAGAGAUUAGAAGAACAACUUCAUAAAAAAGAAGAAUUAUUAUCAGAAGAAGAACAACCUAAUCCGCCGAGAUUUACAGUUGAAAUUAAAGAUAAUGUUGAUGUACCCGAAGGUGGUCCUAUUCAUUUCGAUUGUCGAGUCGAACCAGUAAACGAUUCUACUAUGAGAAUCGAUUGGUUCCAUAACGGAAGACCGUUCGCGACAGGUUCUAGAGUACAUCAAAUCAACGAUUUCGGAUUUAUAUCUUUAGAUAUAGAUUAUUCGUAUACCAGAGACGCUGGUGAAUAUAUUUGUAGAGCUACUAAUAAAUGGGGAACGGCUACAACUAAAGCUACAGUUACUACUAAAACAAAAAAGAAUAUCGAUACAGAAAGUCAACUUCCUUCCGGUAUGAGCGCCGAAAAACUUAAAGAACUCGAAAAAGGACCGGUUUCUCAAGCUCCAGAUAAAGAAAAAACUUACUCUCCACCGAAAUUCAUCACGCAAAUCGAAUCCUCCACAGUCGAAGAAGCCGAAUCGGUACAUUUCGAAUGUAGAGUCGAACCAAAAGAUGAUCCUAAACUUAGAAUAGAAUGGUACAGAAACGGUAAAUUAUUACCAUCAGGACAUCGCUAUAGAACAGUUUUCGAUCUGGGUUUCAUAUCACUUGAUAUCCUUUACGUUUAUUCCGAAGAUUCCGGCGAAUACGUUUGUAGAGCUGUCAAUGAUUACGGAGAAGAUUUUACUAAAGCCAGCGUUUCUUGUAAAAAACUACCGAAUAUCAUCUUACAAAAUCAAGUACCGAAAGGUAUGAAAAAAUCCGAGACUCUUAUGCAAAUGGAAGCGGCAAUUAAAAAGUAUACUUCAGAAAUAUAUUUAACAGAAGACGAUUUGUAUGAUGUAGAAAAGAAACAACCUCCGAGAUUCGUAACGCAAAUCAAAGAUCAAACUGAAUUAGUAGAAAUGCAAACUACUAAAUUCGAAUGUCAAUUAGCACCUGUCGGAGAUCCUAAUAUGAAAGUAGAAUGGUUCCUCAACGGAAAACCUCUACCACAUAAAAAUAGAUUUACCCCCAUUUACGAUUUCGGUUACGUCGCUAUGAAUUUCGGUUGGGUUUAUCCCGAAGAUAGCGGAGAAUAUUUAUGUAGAGCUACGAAUUUGUAUGGCAUGGACGAAACUAGAGCUAUAAUUAAAACAACCGGUAAACCUGGAAUAAUUUACGAUUCGCAAUUACCUAAAGGAAUGAAGAGUAUUGAAAAAAUUAGAGAACUCGAAGCCGCUUGGCAAAUUGUACCAGAAGAAGCACCCGAGGACGCUAAACCGCGUCAAGCACCGGUAUUCGUCAGCAAACCCGAACCAGUUACAGUCGAAGAAGGAGAAUGGGCGAGAUUCUGUUGCAGAGUCACCGGUCAUCCUCGUCCUCGUGUUAUGUGGUUAAUUAACGGUCAUACUGUAGUUAAUGGCUCACGCUACAAGCUUACUUACGACGGAAUGUACCAUAUGGAUAUACCGAAAACUCGCCAGUACGAUACUGGUAAGGUCGAGGUGAUCGCUCGUAGUUCGGUUGGCGAAGCCAUCGCCGAAACUGAACUAAAAAUCAUACCAAGACAUGACGACUACCGCGGAGUUCUUAAGAAUUCACCGAGACCUUGGUAUGAUCUGGAGCUAGCCGAUUAUCAAAAAGAACGUACCGAAACCGAACUCGAACGAGUGUUUGAUGAGCGCAAUACUACUUUAAGAGAAACUGGUAUGAAUGUUACUGGAAUUCACGUGCAAUCCAAAGAAUAUUCAGAACCAGAUACAGAAUGGCAAAAAACUAUAAAAGACAAAAAAAGCAAAGAAUAUUACAGCAAAUUACAAGAACUUGAAAAUCAACAAGUAUCUAAAGAAAUUAGACUACGCGAGCAAUCUCAUCAAUUCGCUAUACCGGGAGAAAAGAUUGUAAGCAGUACUGUCACCAGAGGAAUGGCACAACAAUAUGAAGAAAAUUUGGAAGAAAAACCUUCUUAUGACGUUAAUUUAGCACCGAUUCCUCGUCUACCUAAACCCGAGCAACCUAAACAAGUACCGCAUAAAGAUAUGGUCAGAUUAAGAAAAACCGAUAAAGGUCAAGAAUUCAUACAACAAGAAGUUGAAAUCGAUUCGAAAAAAGGAGCGUAUCCGCCGGAACCUACAGAAUCCGGUGUACACGGAAGAGAAAUUCACGUAUCAAAACAAAAACAAACGCAAAAAGAAGUAAAAGGAGAUACCGAAAUCACGAGACAUAUCACAGCCACCGAAACAACCGACGUUGAACAUAAAGGAAAAACUACCGAAAGGGUGGUACAAGGACAAGUAUUACCAACAAACCCUCCGGUAUUUACUAAAAAGAUACAACCGGUGAGAGCGUUCGAAAACGAUUCGGCUAAAUUCGAAGUCGAAUUCGAUGGGGAUCCGUUACCAAAAAUAACCUGGUACAGAGAAAACUUCCCUAUAACAAGCUCCCCCGAUCUAAAAAUUUACACCUUCAGUACAAAAUCUAUUCUACAACUAAGACAAGUAUUUAUGGAAGAUUCGGGGGUGUUCAGCGUUGUAGCCGAAAAUCGUGGCGGUACUGCUAAAUGUAGUGCUAACUUGGUGGUACAAGAAAGACGUAGACAUGGUACUCGCGGCGCUAUUCCCCCAAGUUUCACCACGACAAUUCAAAGUACCAGAACCAAUAUUGGACAGUUGGUAAGAUUCGACGCUAAAAUAGACGGUACCAAACCCAUCGAUGUCUAUUGGUUGAAAAACGGGAAGAAAAUCGUUUCAGAUAUAAGAUACAAAACUUUGGAAGAAGACGAGGUAUAUACUCUAUUGAUUAUUGAAGUGGUACCUGAAGACGCCGGAAAAUACGAAUGUGUGGCUAUUAAUAAUUCGGGCGAAGCUCGAUGCGAAGCUGAAUGUAUAAUAACAACUCCAUCUUCAUCUCAAAAACCUUCCAAACCAACAACUCCAGGUUCCGAGAAAGCCCCUACGGUUAUAGAACCACUCAAAGAUCAAACAAUAAAAGAAGGCCAAGCCGUAAUGUUUAGAUGCAAAAUAUCAGCUAAACCGACUGCGACUAUCAAAUGGCAAAAGGCGGACAAAGUUAUCAAACCCUCCAAAUACUUUCAAAUGACCAAAGAAGGAGAUUUUUGUAUGCUAAAGAUUUCCGAAGCCUUCCCCGAAGACGAAGGAAUCUAUAAAUGCGUAGCUGAAAAUCCAGCCGGUGUCGUAUCAACUCAGGCAAAAUUAAAAGUCGUAGUACCCGAAACUCAAGAAGUUGCUCCAUCUUUGUCCCCCAUGAAAGAUAUAACCGUACUCGAAGGUAGUCCAGCUCAAUUUAAAACUACCAUUUCUGGUAAACCUAAACCUACUAUCCAAUGGUUGAGAGAAGGUUUCCUCAUACCGGAAUCGCCAGAUUUUCAGAUGAUUCAAGAAGGAAAUAAUGCCGUUUUAUUGAUAUCUUCGACGUACGAAGAAGACACAGGAAUUUUCACUUGCAGAGCAACUUCGUCGGCAGGUCAAGUUGAACAAUCCGCUAAACUAAUAGUCAAAAAACGCGUAGGAACGUAUCGAAAAACAUCAAAAACCGAAAUAAUAGACCGUGAAGACAAACAAACAUACAUUAAGGAUGGAAUUGGUGGAGGUCCGGGAACGAAUUCACAAAAAGCAACAUUAGGUUCGAAAGGAGGUUCGCAACAACUGCAAGAAGAUAUUGAAUUACCAGUAGGCGAUGAAUCAUUGCCUUGGAGACAAAAAAGAGUGCGAAAAACUUACAGGAAAGAUUCAACGAGUCUUCAAAGAAUUGAAGAACAACAAAAAUCACAGGUUCAACCAUGGACACAACAACAGAUAAUUCUAAAGAAAACUAAAAUAGAAAAGAAAGAUAUUGAAAGAGAAAAAUUAGAGGAUGUUACUUUGAAGCCUCUUAAACAACCUUAUACAGAAACUGAGGAUAAGACUAUGUUAGAAUUCGAAACAGAACAAAUUACACAAGAAAAAGGUUUGUCUAAGAAAGAUUGGCGUAAAGAAAGAAGACCAGAACAACAUAUACAACAACACCUUGAAACUGAGGAUACUACUAAAUUGAAAAUUAUAGAACAAGAACUAAUCGAGACUGAUCAAAAACUACAACAAAAAGAUUGGCGUAAGCAAAGAACUCGAAUAGAAAAACAAUUCCAUGAAGAAGACAAAAUUUUGUUAAAAUUAGAUGAAAAUAUUACUGAACAACAAGAACAGACUGCAGAAUUCAAAGACUGGAGAAAGAAAAAAAUAACUGAAGAUAUUCCACAUAAAAAGCAAGAAGAAGUUCAAAGAGAAAUAGAAAAACCAGUACAAGAACCAAUACCUUGGAAUAAACAAGAAAUAGUAUUGAAAAAGACACCGAGACAACAAAAAGAAAUACCAAAAGAAACAUUAGAAGAAGUUUCUCUAAAACCGUUAAAGGCCGGAUCUGAAACACAACCAGAUGAAGAUGAAAUGAGGAAACCUAAACAAGAAAUAGAAUCAACUCAGAUUGUUGAAGAUACAUCUGUUUUAAGAAUAGAUGAGAAUCAGAACGUGAUUGAAAGUCAACAAUUAGAAGCACGUGAUUGGAGACAACGCAAGAAACCAGAAACUGAAGAACGACCAAAACCUAAGAUGCCAUGGAAUAAACAAGAGAUUAAAUUGAAGAAAACGCAUAAGGAACACAGAGAAAUCGUUAAAGAGAGAAUAGAAGAUGAGAAAACUGAAAUCCCGCAAUAUAAAGUAACAGAAGAAGUAUCCACAUUUGAGGAAGGUGAAGAGGAAAUUGUACCAUGGAAAAAACAUGCUCUCGCUAUUAAACGUACUAAGAUAGAAAAGAAAGAACAAGUAAAAGAUAUCGUGGAAGAAGACGAACUCAAACCUUUCAAAAAACAUCACGUUGAAGAAAAAACUCUAAUUAAAGAUACGGAAGUAGAAUCUCAACAGAUUCCAAAGGAACAAGAUGUACCUGAUACGAAAUCAUGGCGAAAACCAAAACAACCACUCAAGGCUGGUGUAGAAGAAGAACAGCAAGUUGUACCAGAAACUCAACAGCUCGAAAAGAAACUUACAGAGAUAUAUAAAGUAAAAGAAGAUGACAUUGAUUUGCAAAAACCAAAAGAAGAAGUAGUUCCAUGGAACAAACAAGCUAUUACUUUGAAGCGAACGAAAAAGGAACGCAAGGAAAUUGUUAAAGAUGAGAUAGAGAAAGUAGAGUUGAAACCAUUCAAGAAACAGCAUAUAGAAGAAGAAGUUAUUAUAAAAGACGUGGAAGAGGAGAAAGAAGAAGAUAAACGAAAGAAAGUUGACAAGAAGAUUGAAAAAGACAAAAUUGUAAGAGAUGAUAGAAUCGUAAUUGAAGAACAAAAGAUAACCGAGCAAGUUCCAAAGGAAGAAACUGUGAAAACAGAUAUAGCAAGGGUGGAAGAUGUUCCUGAAAUCCAACAGCCCGAUACAAAAUCUUGGCGCAAGCCUAGACAACCUCUGAAAUCAGAAGUAGAGCAGCAACAACCAGUUGUUCCUGAAGAGGAACAGGCUGAAGAAGUUCCAAAAGAGAUAUGCAAAGUAAUAGAAGAAGAUAUUGAUUUGCAAAAACCAAAAGAAGAAGUAGUUCCGUGGAACAAACAAGCUAUUACUUUGAAACGAACUAAAAAGGAACGAAAGGAAAUUGUUAAAGAUGAGAUAGAGAAAGUAGCGCUGAAACCAUUCAAGAAGCAGCAUAUAGAAGAAGAAGUUAUUAUAAAAGACGUGGAAAAGGAGAAAGAAGAAGAUAAACGAAAGAAAGUUGACAAGAAAAUUGGAAAAGACAAAAUUGUAAGAGAUAAUAGAAUCGAAAUUGAAGAACAAAAGAUAACCGAGCAAGUUCCAAAGGAAGAAACUGUGAAAACAGAUAUAGCAAAGGUGGAAGAUGUUACUGAAAUCCAACAGCCUGAUACAAAAUCUUGGCGCAAGCCUAGACAACCUCUGAAGCCAGAAGUAGAGGAGCAACAACCAGUUGUUCCUGAAGAAGAAAAACUUGAGGAAGUGCCUAAAGACAUAUACAAGGUAAAAGAAGAAGACAUUGAUUUGCAAAAACCAAAAGAAGAAGUAGUUCCAUGGAACAAACAAGCUAUUACUUUGAAACGAACGAAAAAGGAACGAAAGGAAAUUGUUAAAGAUGAGUUAGAGAAAGUAGAGUUGAAACCAUUCAAGAAGCAGCAUAUAGAAGAAGAAGUUAUUAUAAAAGACGUGGAAGAGGAUAAAGAAGGAGAUAAACGAAAGAAAGUUGACAAGAAGAUUGAAAAAGACAAAAUUGUAAGAGAUGAUAGAAUCGAAAUUGAAGAACAGAAGAUAACCGAGGAAGUUCCAAAGGAAGAAACUGUGAAAACAGAUAUAGCAAAGGUGGAAGAUGUUCCUGAAAUCCAACAGCUUGAUACAAAAUCUUGGCGCAAGCCUAGACAACCUCUGAAGCCAGAAGUAGAGGAGCAACAACCAGUUGUUCCUGAAGAAGAAAAACUUGAGGAAGUGCCUAAAGACAUAUACAAGGUAAAAGAAGAAGACAUUUAUUUGCAAAAACCAAAAGAAGAAGUAGUUCCGUGGAACAAACAAGCUAUUACUUUGAAGCGAACGAAAAAGGAACGAAAGGAAAUUGUUAAAGAUGAGUUAGAGAAAGUAGAGUUGAAACCAUUCAAGAAACAGCAUAUAGAAGAAGAAGUUAUGAUAAAAGACGUGGAAGAGGAUAAAGAAGAAGAUAAACGAAAGAAAAUUGACAAGAAGAUUGAAAAAGACAAAAUUGUAAGAGAUGAUAGAAUCGAAAUUGAAGAACAAAAGAUAACCGAGCAAGUUCCAAAGGAAGAAACUGUGAAAACAGAUAUAGCAAAGGUGGAAGAUGUUCCUGAAAUCCAACAGCCCGAUACAAAAUCUUGGCGCAAGCCUAGACAACCUCUGAAGCCAGAGGUAGAGCAGCAAAAACCGAUUGUUGCUGAAGAGGAACAGGCUGAGGAAGUUCCAAAAGAGAUAUUUAAAGUAAUAGAAGAAGAUAUUGAUUUACAAAAACCAAAAGAAGAAGUAGUUCCGUGGAACAAACAAGCUAUUACUUUGAAACGAACGAAAAAGGAACGAAAGGAAAUUGUUAAAGAUGAGUUAGAGAAAGUAGAGUUGAAACCAUUCAAGAAGCAGCAUAUAGAAGAAGAAGUUAUUAUAAAAGACGUGGAAGAGGAUAAAGAAGGAGAUAAACGAAUGAAAAUUACCAAGAAGAUUGAAAAAGACAAAAUUGUAAGAGAUGAUAGAAUCGAAAUUGAAGAACAAAAGAUAACCGAGCAAGUUCAAAAGGAAGAAACUGUGAAAACAGAUAUAGCAAAGGUGGAAGAUGUUCCUGAAAUCCAACAGCCCGAUACAAAAUCUUGGCGCAAGCCUAGACAACCUCUGAAGCCAGAGGUAGAGCAGCAAAAACCGAUUGUUGCUGAAGAGGAACAGGCUGAGGAAGUUCCAAAAGAGAUAUUUAAAGUAAUAGAAGAAGAUAUUGAUUUACAAAAACCAAAAGAAGAAGUAGUUCCGUGGAACAAACAAGCUAUUACUUUGAAACGAACGAAAAAGGAACGAAAGGAAAUUGUUAAAGAUGAGUUAGAGAAAGUAGAGUUGAAACCAUUCAAGAAGCAGCAUAUAGAAGAAGAAGUUAUUAUAAAAGACGUGGAAGAGGAUAAAGAAGGAGAUAAACGAAUGAAAAUUACCAAGAAGAUUGAAAAAGACAAAAUUGUAAGAGAUGAUAGAAUCGAAAUUGAAGAACAAAAGAUAACCGAGCAAGUUCCAAAGGAAGAAACUGUGAAAACAGAUAUAGCAAAGGUGGAAGAUGUUCCUGAAAUCCAACAGCCCGAUACAAAAUCUUGGCGCAAGCCUAGACAACCUCUGAAGCCAGAGGUAGAGCAGCAAAAACCGAUUGUUGCUGAAGAGGAACAGGCUGAGGAAGUUCCAAAAGAGAUAUUUAAAGUAAUAGAAGAAGAUAUUGAUUUACAAAAACCAAAAGAAGAAGUAGUUCCGUGGAACAAACAAGCUAUUACUUUGAAACGAACGAAAAAGGAACGAAAGGAAAUUGUUAAAGAUGAGUUAGAGAAAGUAGAGUUGAAACCAUUCAAGAAGCAGCAUAUAGAAGAAGAAGUUAUUAUAAAAGACGUGGAAGAGGAUAAAGAAGGAGAUAAACGAAUGAAAAUUACCAAGAAGAUUGAAAAAGACAAAAUUGUAAGCGAUGAUAGAAUCGAAAUUGAAGAACAAAAGAUAACCGAGCAAGUUCCAAAGGAAGAAACUGUGAAAACAGAUAUGGCAAAAGUGGACGAUGUUCCUGAAACUAAACAGCCCGAUACAAAAUCUUGGCGGAAGCCUAGACAACCUCUGAAGCCAGAAGUAGAGGAGCAACAACCAGUUGUUCCUGAAGAAGAAAAACUUGAGGAAGUGCCUAAAGACAUAUACAAGGUAAAAGAAGAAGACAUUGAUUUGCAAAAACCAAAAGAAGAAGUAGUUCCAUGGAACAAACAAGCUAUUACUUUGAAACGAACGAAAAAGGAACGAAAGGAAAUUGUUAAAGAUGAGUUAGAGAAAGUAGAGUUGAAACCAUUCAAGAAGCAGCAUAUAGAAGAAGAAGUUAUUAUAAAAGACGUGGAAGAGGAUAAAGAAGGAGAUAAACGAAAGAAAGUUGACAAGAAGAUUGAAAAAGACAAAAUUGUAAGAGAUGAUAGAAUCGAAAUUGAAGAACAGAAGAUAACCGAGGAAGUUCCAAAGGAAGAAACUGUGAAAACAGAUAUAGCAAAGGUGGAAGAUGUUCCUGAAAUCCAACAGCUUGAUACAAAAUCUUGGCGCAAGCCUAGACAACCUCUGAAGCCGGAGGUAGAGCAGCAAAAACCGAUUGUUCUUGAAGAGGAACAGGCUGAGGAAGUUCCAAAAGAGAUAUUUAAAGUAAUAGAAGAAGAUAUUGAUUUGCGAAAACCAAAAGAAGAAGUAGUUCCAUGGAACAAACAAGCUAUUACUUUGAAACGAACUAAAAAGGAACGAAAGGAAAUUGUUAAAGAUGAGUUAGAGAAAGUAGAGCUGAAACCAUUCAAGAAAGAGGAAAUCGAAGAGAAAGAUGUGAUAAAAGAUGUAGAAGAAGAAAAGGGAGAUAUUGAUUUGAAAAAACGGAAGAAGAGUAUCAAAAAAGUUAGAGAAGACAAAAAAUUGAAAGAUGAAAGAAUUGAAAUUGAAGAACAAGAUCAAGAAGUGCAGUUUCCUAAAGAAGAGAUAGUCGAAACCAAAUCAGCAGAGGUGGAAGAGGUUCCCGAAACCAAGCAACCUGAAACAAAAUCAUGGCGUAAACCGAAACAACCAAUUAAAGGCGAAGACGCCCAGGAACAAGUACUCAAGCCUGAAGAAACUCAACAGCCAGAAGAAACAGUUAAAGAUAUAUAUAAGGUACACGAGGAAGAAAUUAUCAUUCAAAAAACUGAGGAAGAAAUUAUUCCUUGGAAUAAAGAAGCUGUAAAACUCAAGCCAACACAAGUACAAAAGAAAGAACAUGUCAAAGAUUUAGAGAAAGUAGAACUUAGACCUUUGAAGAAAAAGACCUUGGAAGGUAAAAUAAUUUCAUCAUCCUCAGAAGAAGAGGAAGAAGAAGAGAUACAUACCGAUAAAUCCAAGCGAAAGAUAAGAAAGAAGAAAAGAAAGGUAAAACCAGAGAAAACUGCAAUUCCUGAUGAAAAGGCAGUCGAACAAUCAAAAGAUGAAGAAGAAGAGAGAGAUCAAGAAGAAAAAAUACCAGAUUCGAUUAUAAUAGAAACAGUUACAGUAGUUGAAGAUACUAUAGUAUUAAAAGUAGAAGAUAAAGAAAAGCUUAAACCUAAAGUUGCUAAAAAAUACGAUCAAGAAGAAAUAAAACCAGAAGAAGUAAAACUGAAACCAGUUAAGCGUCCCGAAACUAAGACUGAAGAAGAAACUGAAAUUGAAAAAGUCAGUUUGAAACCAAUCCCCAAAGAAGAAACUAUAAUAGAAGAGAAAACGACAAGAAAAAUUAAACCCAAGAAGCCAACAAAAUAUGAAGAACUGCCUGAAAUUGAGGAUAACGAUAAAUACAUUCCUGAAGUGGCGGAUAAAGUCGAUUUCGACAAAAAACCAAAGGAGGAACAAGAAACGCAGAGUAUCCCAUGGCAACGACAAGAAAAACCGAAGAAGGAUAUCCCAGAAGAAGAAAAAAUUACAAUUAAAAUUGGAAAAGGAAAAAUACCUAAAAAAGAGGAAACAAAAGAAGAGGUUAAUUUGAAACCAGUUAAGAAAACUCCACAAGAAGUCCAAAAAAUAACGGAAAUCACGACACCAAAGAAAAUACCAAAAACUGAUGUUGAAUCUAAAGAUUUAGGAGAAAUUAACUUACAGAUACCUUCAAAAACUGAAGAAGAGAAGAUUGACGUCGUAAUAAUGCAACCGGUGGCACAAUCGGAUGAAAUUCGAGAAGCAGAACCCAUAGCUGAAGAAACGACAGCUCCUUGGAGGAGAACACCAAAAGAAAAGCCGAAAGAAAUCGAGGAAUCCAAAGAUUGGCCUAAAGGUAAAAGAAAACCUAUUCCAGAGGAAGAAAAAGAAGAUAUCAAACUCAAACCCAUUUCCAAAGAUAAAUCUGCUCUGCCAGAAUAUAAAAUUGAAACGGAGGAUGUAAAACGAGAAACUCCAACAGAAGUUGAAAUAGAAGAGGUCGAAGAUCAAAUAUCAAUAAAGCCAAUCGCAAAGAAAACCAAGAAAGAGAAGCAGAAAACAAAAUCAAAAAUACCGGAAACAGAAAAACCGGAAUUAUCACUAGUAGAAGAAAAGAUAGAUUAUCAAACUCCAGAAGUUGAGGAAGUUGUACAACUAAAACCGGAAAAAGUAGAAGAAGUUCCCAUAGAAGACACCAAAGUAGUCAUGUCUACGACUGAAAUAAAACUAAUAGAGAAGAAAGUAGUAUCCAAGACGCCCGAAGAAAUUGUGCAACAGCCUACGGAAGAGAAAGAUCAAGAAGAAUUCCAGAAAGAUAUUACCGUGAAAAUAUCAUCUAAAAAAAUCAAAAAAGACAAACCAAAGAUGGUUUCAUUUGAUGAUAGUCAACCUAUUCCAGAAUUAGAGAUAAUUUCUCAAAAAAGGAUAACAGAAACAAUCGAUAAAUUACCAGUAGAAAAUCUAACUGACGAUGUAGAAAUUAAAGAAAAGACAACGCAUAAAACAGUAAUGGAAAAAACUAUCGGAAGGAGAGCCAAAAAGAAGACCGUUGCUCCCAGAUUUAUCCAAAGAGUUGAACCUGUUGUUGCGGAAGAAGGUAAACCGGCAAUUAUAACCUGUAAAGUUGAAGGUACUCCAUUCCCCGAAAUAACAUGGUACAAAAACGAAAAAAUAUUCCAAGCUAACGAAAGAGCUUUCGUUAAUAUCGUUGAAGAUACAGUCACCUUGGAGUUUGCGAAAGUAGAACCUCAAGAUGUUGCUAUUUAUUCUUGCAAAGCUACAAAUUCGGCUGGUGCAGCAACAUCUACAGCUAACCUUGUCAUUUUAGAAAAAGAAGAAACUGGCGAAGCUCCUCAUUUCGUACAACCUCUACAACCUCAAAUAGUUAAAGAAACGGACGUAGCUAGAAUGGAAUGCAUAGUAACCGGUCAUCCAACACCAAAAGUAUCUUGGUUCAAAGAAGGAAAACCUAUCAAAUCGAGUCCUGAACAUAAAAUUGCUUUUAAUCCCGAAACUGGUUCGGCUACGUUAGAAAUUUUAAAACCGACACCAUUAGAUGAAAGAGUCUACAGUGUUAAAGCCAAAAAUAAGUUUGGUAGCGCCGAAUGUAGGGCCAAUUUAGUUAUUUCUAAAUCGUUAGCAGUAACACAACCGAUCGUUAUGCAUGCACCGAAGAUAACAAAACCUGUAGAAGCAGUAUUAGCUCGAUCCGAUGAAGAUAUAGUUUUGGAAUCUAGUUUCGAAGGUACUCCAACACCAGAAAUUACUUGGUUAAGAAACGGUACCGAAAUCAAACCAAAUCUAGAUUAUAACAUCGAAACUACUGAUAAUAACACAAAACUUAUAAUAAAGAAAACAGUGAACAAGAAACAGAAAGGUGGAAAAUACGAAGUACGAGCGAAAAAUGAAAGAGGCGAAGCCAGAUCUUCCGGUUCCGUACAAAUCGUCGAACAAACAUACGACGCCCAACCGCCGAGAUUCACAGAAGUUAUCAAACCUCAAAAAGCUACAUUCGGGGAAGUCGUUAUACUGGAAGCUAAAGUUGAAGCUGUUCCAGACGCUACGUUCCAAUGGUUCCACGAAACUACACCCAUAGAAACGUCAGAAGCUACGCGUAUAUUUACAAAAGACAACAAAUCCGUUCUACUAAUUUCCGAAAUCACCCCACAAUACGCAGGAUCGAUUACUUGCAGAGCUGAAAACGUAGCAGGUUCCGUAACUUGUUCAGCGACAAUAUCAAUAAUAGAAAAUACAGAUUUCGAAGAAACAACCGAAUUGGUGUAUCCAAGAUUCGUCAAAAGACUUUCUCCUAUUAGAGUUAUGGACGGAGAUCGAGUGGAAUUCAGUUGUGUAGUUACAGGUAAACCCACACCGAAAGUCGAAUGGUUCCAUAAGAACUUACCAGUUAAAGAAGCUAAAGACGUUACAAUCUAUCAAGAUACAGAAGGAGUUUGUACUCUAGCUAUUACUGAAGUUUUUCCGGAAAACGCUGGUGAAUAUACUUGUCUAGCCGUUAACCGAGAAGGAGAAGCUAUUUGUAAAGCUUCUUUAAUUGUCGAAGCUUACGAGUACGUUCCUGAUUCUGAAUUAGGACAAAUGACUGGAUCCGAAGAAGACCUUUUAGCCGAUAAGACUAUUAGUGAAACUGACUACUUCCCAUCGGACAGCGACGUAGAAUGUGCUCCAAAGAUAAUCAAAAAGUUGCCGCAAGUGAUUCAAGCUAAAGAUGGAGAAAUAACCAGAUUUGAGGUACAAGCUACUGGUAAACCAAAACCCGAAGGAAAAUGGUUGAAGCACGGAGAAGAAAUAAUUCCUUCUAACGAAUUCAUUAUCGAAAACUUUGAUGAUGGAACUUCGGUUUUAACAAUUUCUGAAGUAUUUCCUGAUGAUACCGGAGAUAUAGUUUACGAAGCUACAAAUCCACUCGGUGUAGCCGUUACUACAACUGAAUUAGUCGUAGAAACAGUCGAAGGUAUUGUAGGUACAAAGGAAUACCGUAAACCGGAAUGGGUAACACAUAUGGAAGAAUUAUCCGCGGCCCUUAAAGCUGCGCAAAGUCCCCCGACGUUUAUUAAAGAAAUCACCAACAUUUUCACAACUGAAGCAGAAACCAUAAAAUUCGAAUGUUUCAUUUCUGGGACACCUCAACCAGAUGUGAUAUGGUAUCACAACGACAAAAUCAUUCGGAAUACUGACCGUAUCAAAGUGAAGAUUGAAGAUAAUACAACGAGUGUAAAUAUUACAGACGUACAACUUGAAGAUAUGGGAACAUACGUUUGUAAAGCAAUAAGCGAAAUAGGAGAAGCCGUUACUAAAGCUACCUUAAACGUACAAGAAAUACCAGAAUAUAAAAAAGAACAAAUCAAAAUACGAAAAGCAAAAGAACAAGAAGAAAAAGUUAAGAAAGAACGCGUUAAGAUUGAAAAGAAGAAAGACAUACGUAAACGCGUAACAACAACAAUAACAGAUGAAGAAAAACCAGUAGAUGUAACUGAAAUACAAGCAAUCGAAUCAACUGAAGAAAUACCAGAAGCUGAAAAACCAGCUAAAGCUAAACCUAUAUUAGACAUUAAAGAACCUCUUAAAACAGAAGCCAUUGCUACAGCUAAAAAGAUCGAUGAUCAAGAAUCAGAAGAAAUACCAAAAGAAAAAGCUACAGAAUUACUAUCGCCGGCAGAAGCGACUUACGCCGAAGAAAUACUUACCGAAGAAAUUAUUAAAGAUAUAGAAAAGAUUCUUCCGAGAACAUCUAAAGCUACAAGAACUGUUCAGUCUGGUGUAACCGAAUUAGUUGAUAUAACAGAAGUUAAUUUGGAACAAAUUAUCGAACGUUGUGAAAAGAUUAUUCGUAAAAGCGAGCUUAAAAUGGCUAAAGAAGUUUCGGAAAUGCUCAAAUUUAUAAAACCUAAAGAAUUCGGACCGGGAGAAAAUCCGUUACGAGAAAUAGCAGAAAUCGGCUAUUUACUAAAAAACGGUAUUACCGUCAAAGAAAUUACAGUCCUCUACGAAGAAGACAGAUUCCCCUCUUUGAAAUCACCGCAAGCCCAAUCCGCCAUGGUGAACGUCGUCGAGCGUAAAGGAUACGGACCGUUGGUAUCCGAAGUUUUAACUGAAGAGAGUACCGUUGACGAAACUGUACUUGCUGCUACUGUAGGUUUCAGAGCGUUCAUGAAAAUGGUGGAAGCUAACUAUGUCACUAUUGAAGAAGUCAUAACUAGUUUUACUCCUCAGGAUUUCCUUCAACGGUUAUGGGAAACUGCAGAAGUAACUGAGGUUACUUCCAAGACAGUUACAGAAAUUGUUACAAUUGGAGAAGAAGUUGAAAUAAUUGAAGAUUCAAGAAUAACAAGAAAGGAUAGGAUAGAGAAGAAAGAUAUUGAAGAAACCGUUGAAGAAGAAGAAGAUACAGAAAAAGUCAUUAAACGUCGACUACCAGAGAAAAAACAUUCAGUAGAAAUCACCGAGAUCACUGAAAUAGAAGAAGAACAACCUACUGUAGAAGAAGUGACAAAUGAAAAUGUUGAGGAAAAUCGAGACGUUAAGAAAAAAAUAAUUAGAAUUAAAAAACAAAAACGAAAAGACGAUGAUAAAGAAGAAGUAGAAAUCGAGGAAAUCAUCGAUUUAAAGAAACCAACUGCUAAAAAAGAUCUAAAACAAGAAGAAGAAAUAGAAAUUGAAGAAAUUAUAGACGAAACUAAAGAUAUUAAAAAGAAAAUAAAGAUGUAUAAACCUAGAACUAGUGAAUUCGGUAUGGACGAAGAAGAUUUAGGACCUCUAGAAGAUAUCGAACUACCAUCUCAUAAACAAUUACCUUUAAAUACUUCGAAAGUCGUUUCGGAAGCUGUUACAACGGGAGCUUUAGCUCACUUAAACGAAAUCGUAACUGAUUCCAAAGCAGAUGUUGAAGUUCUUCCACAUUCAGCAAUUGAGCAAAAAGAAGUUUUAAUAAACGAAAGCGGAAAGAAAUAUGACAAAGUUACAGAUUUAUCUACAAAAGCCCAGACUAGUAUAGACAACGUCGAAGCUUUACAAAUAUCAGAGCAAACAUCUCAUGAUAUACCAAAACAAUUUGAAGGUACUUUCAAACCUUCGAGCUCCAGUGCUAAAAAAAUUAUACAACCUCAUGAGACCGUACAAGUUGAAGAAGUGACUUUAGGUGACACUUCCAUGACGUACGAUGAACAUUUUGUACCUGAUAACAAAGCUACAAUGUCUAUACUACCACAAGAAGCUAAGACUAUUUCAGAAACAGAAGUUUCUUUAAAAGAGACUGAAUUAACUCCAGCUUCCGUUGAAAAUGUUAAACCUCUUGAGAUAAAUAUGUCUGCUGUUUAUUCUGAAGCUACAAGUACUAGCGAAGUAGCUCAAACUGAUGAAGACGUUGAAAAGCUUCAAGCUACUGUGGAUCUUGUACCACAUGUUGCAAUUUUGGAACAAACAGUUCUCGCAGAAGAAAAAGAAAGAUUCGGUGAGGAUUUCCAUCCUGGUACUUCAUUAGCAACUAAAUCGAUAGAUUCUGUGGAAGCUUUUGAAGUAACUGAAACUACUAUUCAAAGCUCUACAGGUGAUCAUAUCCCACAGAAAGUACCAAAUUUGAUCAAUGCUGAAAAGAGUUUACAACCUCAUGAAACUGUACAAGUAGAAGAAGUGACUUUGGGUGACACUUCCACGACGUACGAUGAACAUUUUGUACCUGAUAACAAAGCUACAAUGUCUAUACUACCACAAGAAGCUAAGACUAUUUCAGAAACAGAAGUUUCUUUAAAAGAGACUGAAUUUACUCCAGCUUCCGUUGAAAAUGUUAAACCUCUUGAGAUAAAUAUGUCUGCUGUUUAUUCUGAAGCUACAAGUACUAGCGAAGUAGCUCAAACUGAUAAAGAUGUUGAAAAGCUUCAAGCUACUGUGGAUCUUGUACCACAUGUUGCGAUUUUGGAACAAACAGUUCUCGCAGAAGAAAAAGAAAGAUUCGAUGAGGAUUUCCAUCCUGGUACUUCAUUAGCAACUAAAUCGAUAGAUUCUGUGGAAGCUUUUGAAGUAACUGAAACUACUAUUCAAAGCUCUACAGGUGAUCAUAUCCCACAGAAAGUACCAAAUUUGAUCAAUGCUGAAAAGAGUUUACAACCUCAUGAAACUGUACAAGUAGAAGAAGUGACUUUGGGUGACACUUCCACGACGUAUGAUGAACAUUUUGUUCCUGACAACAAAGCUACAAUGUCCAUACUUCCACAAGAAGCUACGACUAUUUCAGAAACAGAAGUUUCUUUAAAAGAGACUGAAUUUACUCCAGCUUCCGUUGAAAAUGUUAAACCUCUUGAGAUAAAUAUGUCUGCUAUUUAUUCUGAAGCUACAAGUACAAGCGAAGUAGCCCAAACUGAUGAAGACGUUGAAAAACUUCAAGCUACUGUGGAUCUUGUACCACAUGUUGCGAUUUUGGAACAAACAGUACUCGCAGAAGAAAAAGAAAGAUUCGGUGAGGAUUUCCAUCCUGGUACUUCAUUAGCAACUAAAUCGAUAGAUUCUGUGGAAGCUUUUGAAGUAACUGAAACUACUAUUCAAAGCUCUACAGGUGAUCAUAUCCCACAGAAAACACCAAAUUUGAUCAAUGCUGAAAAGAGUUUACAGCUUCAUGAAACUGUACAAGUAGAAGAAGUGACUUUGGGUGACACUUCCACGACGUAUGAUGAACAUUUUGUUCCUGACAACAAAGCUACAAUGUCGAUACUUCCACAAGAAGCUAAGACUAUUUCAGAAACAGAAGUUUCUUUAAAAGAGACUGAAUUUACUCCAGCUUCCGUUGAAAAUGUUAAACCUCUUGAGAUAAAUAUGUCUGCUGUUUAUUCUGAAGCUACAAGUACAAGCGAAGUAGCUCAAACUGAUGAAGACGUUGAAAAGCUUCAAGCUACUGUGGAUCUUGUACCACAUGUUGCGAUUUUGGAACAAACAGUUCUCGCAGAAGAAAAAGAAAGAUUCGGUGAGGAUUUCCAUCCUGGUACUUCAUUAGCAACUAAAUCGAUAGAUUCUGUGGAAGCUUUUGAAGUAACUGAAACUACUAUUCAAAGCUCUACAGGUGAUCAUAUCCCACAGAAAACACCAAAUUUGAUCAAUGCUGAAAAGAGUUUACAGCCUCAUGAAACUGUACAAGUAGAAGAAGUGACUUUGGGUGACACUUCCACGACGUACGAUGAACAUUUUGUUCCUGACAACAAAGCUACAAUGUCUAUACUUCCACAAGAAGCUACGACUAUUUCAGAAACAGAAGUUUCUUUAAAAGAGACUGAAUUUACUCCAGCUUCCGUUGAAAAUGUUAAACCUCUUGAGAUAAAUAUGUCUGCUAUUUAUUCUGAAGCUACAAGUACAAGCGAAGUAGCCCAAACUGAUGAAGACGUUGAAAAACUUCAAGCUACUGUGGAUCUUGUACCACACGUUGCGAUUUUGGAACAAACAGUUCUUGCAGAAGAAAAAGAAAGAUCUGGUAAAGAUUUCCAGCCUAGUACUUCACUUGCUACUAGAUCAAUAGAUGCUGUAGAAGCUUUCGAAAUAACUGAAACUAAUGUUCAAAACUCUAUAGGUGACUAUAUAACUCAAACAUCGCCUAAUUUAACAAGCGCCUCAACAGAAUUUAUAUCCAAAGAAAGUUUAGUUAUCCAAGAAAAUUAUUUAGGAGAUGUACCUGCUGAUUUACAACAAAAAGAAGCCGCACACGGAUUAGCAAACAUAAAUAUUAUACCUCAAGAAGCUACACAUAUUUCGGAAGUAUUGAUUUCUCAAAAAGAAGUUGAACUCGAAGAUUUCACAAGACCCAAAGAAGUUCAUGCAGAUACAGGGUUUUCUACUAAAGAAGGUAUUAACGUCGAGGAAGUCCAACAAGGUAUGGCAGAAGCGGGCUUAAUUUUAGAAAAACCAAAAGCUGUAACACCAAAAUACAAUUUAGAUGCGAGAGAAGCUCUAACAGUAGAAGAAGUUUUAGCUGAAGAUAAACCCGGUAAACAUUUUCCAGAAGCCUUCGUAGCUACUGAAAUAGCUUCAAAAAGUUUCAUUACGCAAAAAUCUUUAUCGCAACAUCAAACUAUUGCUCCCGAAUUAGAAGGAGAAUAUAUCCCUGGAAGACUUCCUCCAGGACAAUUAGCUCAGAUUAAUAUAUCUAGCGGUGAAGGAAUAAUUGUAUCACAAACAGAAAUAUCUGAGAAAGAAAAAGUGCUAGAAAAGUUUCAACAAGGUGAAACUGCUGAAGCUACAGAAGAUAUUUUGUUUUCCGAAGGAAUCGUGGUUACCACAACAGACUGUCAGCAACCUCAACAGCAAAUUUUAGAAGAAACUAUCGAUUAUAAAAAGAGUACCGUUGAAUUAUCACCUUUAGAAGCUUUGGUAUCACAAGAUACGUUUUUCAACGAGAUGGAGAAACAUUACGAAGAAGAAAAACCUUCUUUCAAAACAGCUGAUACAUCAUUUAAUUUGAUAGAGAUUCCUAGUAACACAAUGACUACAAUUGAGGAAUCAGAAAAUGAAUUACCAGUAUACUCCCAACCAACAAAAGUACUUCCAGUUUCUUCGUUUUCCCCCAACCAAUCUCUUACAAUUGAAGAAAUAGAAACUAACGAACUACCAGAUAGUUUUAAAGAUUAUCCUAAAUUUACAACUGAUGUAGCUUCUUUAGAUAUAGAAACUCAAGAAGCAACUCACGUAACUGAAACAAACGUUAUAGAAACUGAUACGACAUACGAAGUAACUCAAAAAGAAAGUUAUAAUAUAGAAACAUCUUUAACUGGACCGUUACAGGAAGUGGAAAUAACCGAAUCGCAAUUAUUAGAAAUGGAGAAACAUCUAAAGAAAUUUGAGCUUCCAGAUACGCAAAAAGUAAAACAAGUUCCCACUACGCUUUUACCUACUGGAGUGACUGAAGAAAUAAUAGCAGAUGAUAGUAUAGAGAGUCUCAAAUUGAUUAAAAAUAUCGAGAGUACAGCAGAAUUUUCGCAAUCGUUACAUAAUGAAAUUGUAGUAAGUGAAGCACAAAUAACAGAAGAUGUGGAAAAAAUUGAAGACGUUAAAACAGAUUCAAAACAAGCAACACAAACAAUACUUCCUCAAGAAGCUUUGAACGUAAUAGAAACUACUUCAGAAGACAAAGAAAAGCAGUACUCACCAAACGAAAGACCAUCAGGAGUUCAAGCUACUUUAGAUAUAUCCGCACAACAAGUAGCAAGUAAUAUUUUAACAGAAAUACAAGAAUCAUUAAAUACUUUUAAAAUUGAAGCAGUUCAAGAAGCUACAGCUAUCCCAGAGCAAGAAACUCUAAGCACAAUAGAAAUUACCCAGCAUGAAACAGCGGAAAAAGAAGAAGAAUAUUUAGAAAAGAAACCAGAAAGUAAAAAUAUAGUAGUAGAAAUAAGCGAUGUACUUAAAGGAGUUAAUGUAUCACAAGUAGUAUUGAACGAAAAAGAAGAUUUAUAUGAAGAACAGCCUAAACCACUACAAGUUUUAGCUUCUAAAGCUUUAGAAUUUCAAAACGUUUUCGUAACAUCCGAAAUUGAAAGUGUAGUACACGCUGAUUUAAUAGAAGAACAAGAAAUACCAACAGGCAAAGCUAAAAAGUUCACGAAACCUUUUAACGAACUUAUCGUAACAGAAACUAAUGUAACAGACGUUGAACACAAACUUCCAAAAGAUCAUAUACCUUAUUCGAAAAAAGCUAACGUAGAUAUACUUCCAGGACAAGCAUUAUUUGUAACUGAAACUGUAGUAGAUCAAAAAGAAGAAGACUUAAAAGUACCACAAGUUGAAACUACUUCAGCUUCUGUUAAUAUCGAUGAACAAAAUUUAGCAGUAAAAGAACAAGUUAUAGCAAAUGCAGUACCAGGAGAUUUCACGCAAGAAGUACCAGUAACUUUCAAUGCUGCUACUACACAAGAUCUAACAGUCUCUCUAAUACAAACAGAAAUAACAAUUGGAGAAAAAGAAGAAGAUAAACCAGACGAUAUAGUACCUGAUAAGAAACGAGCAAAUGUAGAAAUAUCAGAAACUGUGAGUUUAAAUAUAACAGAAAUAACUACAGAUGAUAAAGAAAAUGUUUUAUCUGAAACGAAAGUUCCAGAUGGAGUAGAAGGUACUUCAUCCGUAGUACCGUUCGUAAGUGCUAUUACUGAACAAAUUUUAUCAAACGAAAAUAUAUCAAAAUUCGAAGAUAAGUCAUUCGAUACUGUAAAUGCUUCUUCUGAUUUAUUACCAAUCGAUAGCUUGACUACAACAGAAGCUAUUACAUACGAAACUGAAGGUUAUUUAUCUGAAAUACAACCAAGUACUAAACAAGCUCAAAGUGAUUAUCAACAAGCAGAAGGUUUAUCAGUUACAACUGUAUUAACUGAAAUGAAAGAACAACCUUUAGAUGAAGAAAAAGUUGACGUAAAAUCUGUAGGUUCAACUUUGAUACCACAAGAUACUAUACAAAUACAAGAAGUACUUAUACAAGAUAAUAUUAAAGAUUUUAAAGACGAUGAUAUUAUUUCAUACUCGGCUACUACAGUACAAUCAGAAAAUCAAAGUAUUAUAAAUACAGAAACUAUAAUUAAUGAAAAGGAAGAUGCUUUUAACGAAAGUGCAAAACCUUCUAAAUAUACAGCAGAUAUUAACUUCGAAAACUUGACAGUUUCCCAAACGACUGAAGUAGUACCAUCAGAAACUGAAACCGAUUAUCAAAUACAAGAAAAUAUUCCUAAAAAACCAUCAACUUCUUUAAUAGAUAUGCAACCAGUAGCCGAAACUACAAUUAUACAAAUAGAAGAAUCUACGGAUACCGUUAGAAAAGAUGAAAUACUUUCAACUACAGCGGAUAUUGAGCAAACAACUAUUGAAGCAGUUGUACAAACUAAACCUUUAGUACAAGAAUCUGAAACGUAUUUUGAAAAAUUCGAUAUACCUUCCAAAAAUGCAGAUAUAUCUUUUAUAGCUGAUCAAAGUUUAACAGUAAUACAAACUGUUAGUAAUGAAGCUGAAACUGUUUUAAAACCUGAUAUUCAACCAGAUGUAUUAACAGCAUCGACUGAUUUAGAAUCUCAUACAAUUCCUCUAACAACUGAACAUAAAAUAAUGGAUACAAUAAGUGAUAUAAACAUCGAUAAACCUAUUGAAGUUAGUGCUAAUACAGAAUUUGAUACUUUAUCAACCGCAGUAAAAUAUGAAACUAUAACAUCUGAAGUUGAAAGUACUGCUCCUGAAGAUCAAAAGCCAAAAUCUCAAGAAGUUUCAAUUUCUAUAGAUGAAGGAAAAUCUAUUACAGUAGAAAGCGUUAUAGUACAAGAAAACGAAAUAGAAUUUUCACCAAUGGAAAUCGAUACUAAAGUAGCUGAUUCUAAUUUAACAGAUACUAAAAUUAUAGCUUCACAAUCACAACCUUUAACUGAAUACGAUUUAGAAGAUCUUACUAUCGAAACUUUAGAAUCAAUAAAUGCUAUAGAAACUAAUUUACCACACGAUCAUAUAACUAUAUCGGAACAAUUAAUUAUAGAUAAUGAGGAGGAAUUUUCAAAAGAAACUAGAGAAGCUGAAUUUUCCGCUACAGUUAGUUUCGAAGCUAAAACAUCUGUUACAACUAAUGAAGAAAUAUUAGGUCAAAAAGAAGGUGUACUAAAGCCCUUCGUUUUACCAGAAACCAAACAAGCUCAAUCAGAAAUCGAUGUUGUACAUAAAAUUGUACAACAGAAUGUUAGUAAUAUAAUAGAAAGUACUGGAAUAUAUAAAGAAGUUAGUUCAGAAGAAGUUGUCGCUAAAGAAAACGAAGAAGUAUUAAAUCCUUUGAUUAUCACAGAAAAUUUAUCUCAAGAAAGCGAAACUGAAUUUACAGGGCAAUUUAAACCUUUCACGAGCGAAGCUAAUGUUGGUUUACAAGAAAAAUCUCAUGGAAUCACUAUAACUGAGUUGAUAGUACAAGAUAAAGAAGAUAAUUUAGAUAGUUUCCGUACUAAACCUAGUCAAAUAGCUAAUCUAGAAAUUGAUACUAUUACUGUACCACAAACUUCCGAAAUAUAUUUAGAAGAUACUUUUAAAAAAUUAAUAACUACAAAAGAAGAUUCUAUAAACGCGAAUAUUGAAAUGAUACCACAUCAAGAAUUAGUGGAAACUCAUCAUCAAGUACAAGAAAAGGAAGGAGAAUACGAAACUAUUGAAACAUCUAAAAGACAAGCUGAAUCUAAAAUAGACAUAGAAAGUGCUUUAUCUGCUACACAAGUUAUACCUGCAGAAGUAGAAGGUACUUUUGAUAAAUUCCAACAACCAGAAUCGGUUUCAGCAGUACAAUCUAUUUUAGAAAAUAGAAGUGCAGAAAUAACUGAGGUUUUAACACAUUCGCAAACAGAAGAAGUUAAACCCGAAUCGAUACAAAAAGAAACAGCAACAUCUAAAAUUAAUCCUUCUGAAUCUAUUAGUCAAAGUCAACCAAUUGUAGUUGAAAGUAUAGAUAAAUUUAAUGAUAUAAUGAAACCGAAUGAAACAACAGCAGAAGAAAAACUCGAUAUCCUAUCAGAAUUGAUUAUAAGCGAAACGCAUUCAGAAGCAGUAGCGACAGAAUUUGAUAAAACUACGAAAAUCACGACAAGCAAAGCCGAGAAACAAAUAGAUACAAGAAAACAUCUCGAAUCUUCAGAAGUGCUUACUACAGAAAAUAUUUCAGAUCUUCGCAUACAAGAUUUACUAGAAUCCGUGGUGCAGAUUCAGAGAGAUACAAUUGAAGGUAUUAUAACAACAGAAAACGUUGUACAUGAAACUGAAAAAGAACUCAACGAUGUACUAAUAGUUGAUUUGAAAACCGCUAAUAAAACUAUCACACCUGUAGAUAGCGUAGGGGUUUCAGAAGUAAUAACAAGGGAAUCGGAAAUACCUUUACCACAAGAAGAAAUAAUAGAAAGAAAAUCAGAAAUAACUGUAGUACCAAUAAAAUCCAUAACGCAAACAGAAAUAAUAGCAGGAGAUACGACAAAUAAAUUCCAUGAAGUUCCUAUGUUACAAGAAAAUGUUGUAGUCACUCAAGAUCAACAAGAAACUGUUCUAAUAUCUGAAAAACUUGUACAAGAAUCCGAGAAACCUUUCGAGGAAGAUAAAGUUGAAAAUAAAACGGUAACAGUAGAUUUUGUACCAGAAAAACACGUUUCCAUAAGUGAAAUAAUAGCAACGGAAUUAGAAGAUAUUUUCGUUAAGAAACCAGUUGAAAUAUCAUCUGCUGAGAAAACGGUGGUACCACAAGAAGCUACGGAAAUAACAGAAAUACGUUCGGAUCAAAAUAUAAGUGAUUUAACUAUAAGUAAAGAAGAAGAAAAAUUCGCUUCAAAAGAUUUGAUCGUUUUGAAUCAAAUCAACGUAACGGAAACGAUAUUAACGGAAAAAGAAAUAGAUUUUGAACAGAUUAAAAAAGAAGAAGUAUCAAAUGCUGAUAUUAAUUUAGAAAAACCUGGAAAAACAGCUGAAGUUUCACAAAUAUUAACCAACCAAAUUGAAGAACCUUUAGGAGAAGAAAAAUAUAAUAAACAGCACGCUUCUACGGAUAUAAUCGAACAUACUUCUAUAGUGGAGAGAAAUGUCGAAUCAUUGGAUAGUUUAAGAGAAUUAACACCACGAAAACAAGAAUUUCCUCGUCAAGCUUCGACUCAACAAGAUAUUUUACAUGGAGUUACAGAAACGACGGUACAAACUCAAUCAAAUACAGAAAUUAUAACAACGCAAAUACCGGAUUCGAAAAUCGCUAACGAGAUUUUAACACUUCAAGAAGGUAUAACGGUCACGGAAAUAAUAACCCACGGUCAAACUGGUGAAGAAAUAUUGGAAACGUCAGCUACGGAAACAACAGCGAGCGAAGAUAUACUUCAAAAAGUAUCUCUUAUCAAUGAAGAAGUGAUGAGUCUUCAAUCGCACGAUAUAUUAAAUCCGGAUUCUACUAUACCGCAUAAAGGGAAGAUGAAGUACGCGGAUUUUCCUCAACAUGAAAUUAUUAUAAGCGAUCAAGUAAUUUCGGAAGGUUUAGAAUUAUUAGAAAAUGUACAAGCCACAACAAAGAAAGUCAAAGUUGUUAUGGAGGAUUUGACUCCGAGUGUAGAGAUAAGUGAAGUUUUGCUGCACGAAUUAGAGGGAACACUGGAAGUACCAGCAUUACAUAAAACACAAGCCAGACAUACACGAACAAGUACUCAGGAUAAUAUGGCAGAGCACGUGCAGACAAACAUUCAACACCAUACAGACACAGAAGAAACGAAAGAGAUUAUUACAACGUUUAGGUCAACACCCGAUGGUACUGAUAAUAUAGCAAUAGUUGAGAGAAAGACGACAAUUAGGAGUAAGGGUGAAGAAGAUAGUGGUAGUGUUGUUAUACAAGAGAUUUUAGAUGAAAUCAUGCCUUCUGUUGAACAUAAAGCGACGGCUUAUGAUAUAACUGAAAUUGAUAUCCAAGAAGGAAAUGAUGAGAAACCCGAAAUGACAGUAACCGUCGAAGAAUUAGAGGCACCGGAAGAAACUAUGCCUGAAAAACCAACGUUUGUUGUCGAGGAAUUGCCUGAAGAAGUUCAGGAAUCUGUAGUAACUGUUGACGGCAAGAGAAAGAAGAAAGUGAUUAAGAAACGGGUGAUUAAGAAGGUUGAAGAUGGCAAAGAAGAGAAAACCGAAAUAGUAACUGUCGAAGAAGAGGGCAAGAAACCCGAAACGACAGUAACCGUCGAAGAAUUACAAGCACCAGCAGAAACUGUGCCUGAAAAACCAACGUUUGUUGUCGAGGAAUUGCCUGAAGAAGUUCAGGAAUCUGUAGUAACUGUUGACGGCAAGAGAAAGAAGAAAGUGAUCAAGAAACGGGUGAUUAAAAAGGUUAAAGAUGGCAAAGAAGAGAAAACCGAAAUAGUAACUGUCGAAGAAGAGGGCAAGAAACCCGAAACGACAGUAACCGUCGAAGAAUUACAAGCACCAGAAGAAACUGUGCCUGAAAAACCAACGUUUGUUGUCGAGGAAUUGCCUGAAGAAGUUCAGGAAUCUGUAGUAACUGUUGACGGCAAGAGAAAGAAGAAAGUGAUCAAGAAACGGGUGAUUAAAAAGGUUAAAGAUGGCAAAGAAGAGAAAACCGAAAUAGUAACUGUCGAAGAAGAGGGCAAGAAACCCGAAAUGACAGUAACCGUCGAAGAAUUAGAGGCACCGGAAGAAACUAUGCCUGAAAAACCAACGUUUGUUGUCGAGGAAUUGCCUGAAGAAGUUCAGGAAUCUGUAGUAACUGUUGACGGCAAGAGAAAGAAGAAAGUGAUUAAGAAACGGGUGAUUAAGAAGGUUGAAGAUGGCAAAGAAGAGAAAACCGAAAUAGUAACUGUCGAAGAAGAGGGCAAGAAACCCGAAACGACAGUAACCGUCGAAGAAUUACAAGCACCAGCAGAAACUGUGCCUGAAAAACCAACGUUUGUUGUCGAGGAAUUGCCUGAAGAAGUUCAGGAAUCUGUAGUAACUGUUGACGGCAAGAGAAAGAAGAAAGUGAUCAAGAAACGGGUGAUUAAAAAGGUUAAAGAUGGCAAAGAAGAGAAAACCGAAAUAGUAACUGUCGAAGAAGAGGGCAAGAAACCCGAAAUGACAGUAACCGUCGAAGAAUUAGAGGCACCGGAAGAAACUAUGCCUGAGAAACCAACGUUUGUUGUCGAGGAAUUGCCUGAAGAAGUUCAGGAAUCUGUAGUAACUGUUGACGGCAAGAGAAAGAAGAAAGUGAUUAAGAAACGGGUGAUUAAGAAGGUUGAAGAUGGCAAAGAAGAGAAAACCGAAAUAGUAACUGUCGAAGAAGAGGGCAAGAAACCCGAAACGACAGUAACCGUCGAAGAAUUACAAGCACCAGCAGAAACUGUGCCUGAAAAACCAACGUUUGUUGUCGAGGAAUUGCCUGAAGAAGUUCAGGAAUCUGUAGUAACUGUUGACGGCAAAAGAAAGAAGAAAGUGAUCAAGAAACGGGUGAUUAAAAAGGUUAAAGAUGGCAAAGAAGAGAAAACCGAAAUAGUAACUGUCGAAGAAGAGGGCAAGAAACCCGAAACGACAGUAACCGUCGAAGAAUUACAAGCACCAGAAGAAACUGUGCCUGAAAAACCAACGUUUGUUGUCGAGGAAUUGCCUGAAGAAGUUCAGGAAUCUGUAGUAACUGUUGACGGCAAAAGAAAGAAGAAGGUGAUCAAGAAACGGGUGAUUAAAAAGGUUAAAGAUGGCAAAGAAGAGAAAACCGAAAUAGUUACUGUAGAAGAAGAGGGCAAGAAACCCGAAACGACAGUAACCGUCGAAGAAUUACAAGCACCAGAAGAAACUGUGCCUGACAAACCAACGUUUGUUGUCGAGGAAUUGCCUGAAGAAGUUCAGGAAUCUGUAGUAACUGUUGACGGCAAAAGAAAGAAGAAAGUGAUCAAGAAACGGGUGAUUAAAAAGGUUAAAGAUGGCAAAGAAGAGAAAACCGAAAUAGUAACUGUCGAAGAAGAGGGCAAGAAACCCGAAACGACAGUAACCGUCGAAGAAUUACAAGCACCAGAAGAAACUGUGCCUGAAAAACCAACGUUUGUUGUCGAGGAAUUGCCUGAAGAAGUUCAGGAAUCUGUAGUAACUAUUGACGGCAAAAGAAAGAAGAAAGUGAUCAAGAAACGGGUGAUUAAAAAGGUUAAAGAUGGCAAAGAAGAGAAAACCGAAAUAGUAACUGUGGAAGAAGAGGGCAAGAAACCCGAAACGACAGUAACCGUCGAAGAAUUACAGGCACCGGAAGAAACUGUGCCUGAAAAACCAACGUUUGUUGUCGAGGAAUUGCCUGAAGAAGUUCAGGAAUCUGUAGUAACCGUUGACGGCAGGAGAAAGAAGAAAGUGAUCAAGAAACGGGUGAUUAAAAAGGUUAAAGAUGGCAAAGAAGAGAAAACCGAAAUAGUUACUGUAGAAGAAGAGGGCGAGAAACCCGAAACGACAGUACCCGUCGAAGAAUUACAGGCACCGGAAGAGACUGUGCCUGAAAAACCAACUUUUGUUGUCGAGGAACUGCCUGAAGAAGUUCAGGAAUCUGUAGUAACCGUUGACGGCAAGAGAAAAAAGAAAGUGAUUAAGAAACGGGUGAUUAAAAAAAUUAAAGAUGGCAAAGAAGAGAAAACAGAAAUAGUAACUGUCGAAGAAGAGGGCAAGAAACCCGAAACGACAGUAACCGUCGAAGAAUUACAAGCACCAGAAGAAACUGUUCCUGAAAAACCAACGUUUGUUGUCGAGGAAUUGCCUGAAGAAGUUCAGGAAUCUGUAGUAACUGUUGACGGCAAGAGAAAGAAGAAAGUGAUUAAGAAACGGGUGAUUAAGAAGGUUGAAGAUGGCAAAGAAGAGAAAACCGAAAUAGUAACUGUCGAAGAAGAGGGCAAGAAACCCGAAACGACGGUAACCGUCGAAGAAUUACAAGCACCAGCAGAAACUGUGCCUGAAAAACCAACGUUUGUUGUCGAGGAAUUGCCUGAAGAAGUUCAGGAAUCUGUAGUAACUGUUGACGGCAAGAGAAAGAAGAAAGUGAUCAAGAAACGGGUGAUUAAAAAGGUUAAAGAUGGCAAAGAAGAGAAAACCGAAAUAGUAACUGUCGAAGAAGAGGGCAAGAAACCCGAAACGACAGUAACCGUCGAAGAAUUACAAGCACCAGAAGAAACUGUGCCUGAAAAACCAACGUUUGUUGUCGAGGAAUUGCCUGAAGAAGUUCAGGAAUCUGUAGUAACUGUUGACGGCAAAAGAAAGAAGAAAGUGAUCAAGAAACGGGUGAUUAAAAAGGUUAAAGAUGGCAAAGAAGAGAAAACCGAAAUAGUAACUGUCGAAGAAGAGGGCAAGAGACCCGAAACGACAGUAACCGUCGAAGAAUUACAAGCACCAGAAGAAACUGUGCCUGAAAAACCAACGUUUGUUGUCGAGGAAUUGCCUGAAGAAGUUCAGGAAUCUGUAGUAACUAUUGACGGCAAAAGAAAGAAGAAAGUGAUCAAGAAACGGGUGAUUAAAAAGGUUAAAGAUGGCAAAGAAGAGAAAACCGAAAUAGUAACUGUCGAAGAAGAGGGCAAGAGACCCGAAACGACAGUAACCGUCGAAGAAUUACAAGCACCAGAAGAAACUGUGCCUGACAAACCAACGUUUGUUGUCGAGGAAUUGCCUGAAGAAGUUCAGGAAUCUGUAGUAACUGUUGACGGCAAAAGAAAGAAGAAAGUGAUCAAGAAACGGGUGAUUAAAAAGGUUAAAGAUGGCAAAGAAGAGAAAACCGAAAUAGUAACUGUCGAAGAAGAGGGCAAGAGACCCGAAACGACAGUAACCGUCGAAGAAUUACAAGCACCAGAAGAAACUGUGCCUGACAAACCAACGUUUGUUGUCGAGGAAUUGCCUGAAGAAGUUCAGGAAUCUGUAGUAACUGUUGACGGCAAAAGAAAGAAGAAAGUGAUCAAGAAACGGGUGAUUAAAAAGGUUAAAGAUGGCAAAGAAGAGAAAACCGAAAUAGUAACUGUCGAAGAAGAGGGCAAGAAACCCGAAACGACAGUAACCGUCGAAGAAUUACAAGCACCAGAAGAAACUGUGCCUGAAAAACCAACGUUUGUUGUCGAGGAAUUGCCUGAAGAAGUUCAGGAAUCUGUAGUAACUGUUGACGGCAAAAGAAAGAAGAAAGUGAUCAAGAAACGGGUGAUUAAAAAGGUUAAAGAUGGCAAAGAAGAGAAAACCGAAAUAGUAACUGUCGAAGAAGAGGGCAAGAGACCCGAAACUACAGUAACCGUCGAAGAAUUACAAGCACCAGAAGAAACUGUGCCUGACAAACCAACGUUUGUUGUCGAGGAAUUGCCUGAAGAAGUUCAGGAAUCUGUAGUAACUGUUGACGGCAAAAGAAAGAAGAAAGUGAUCAAGAAACGGGUGAUUAAAAAGGUUAAAGAUGGCAAAGAAGAGAAAACCGAAAUAGUAACUGUCGAAGAAGAGGGCAAGAGACCCGAAACGACAGUAACCGUCGAAGAAUUACAAGCACCAGAAGAAACUGUGCCUGAAAAACCAACGUUUGUUGUCGAGGAAUUGCCUGAAGAAGUUCAGGAAUCUGUAGUAACUAUUGACGGCAAAAGAAAGAAGAAAGUGAUCAAGAAACGGGUGAUUAAAAAGGUUAAAGAUGGCAAAGAAGAGAAAACCGAAAUAGUUACUGUAGAAGAAGAGGGCAAGAAACCCGAAACGACAGUAACCGUCGAAGAAUUACAAGCACCGGAAGAAACUGUGCCUGAAAAACCAACGUUUGUUGUCGAGGAAUUGCCUGAAGAAGUUCAGGAAUCUGUAGUAACUGUUGACGGCAAGAGAAAAAAGAAAGUGAUUAGGAAACGGGUGAUUAAAAAGGUUAAAGAUGGCAAAGAAGAGAAAACCGAAAUAGUAACUGUCGAAGAAGAGGGCAAGAAACCCGAAACGACAGUAACCGUCGAAGAAUUACAAGCACCAGAAGAAACUGUGCCUGAAAAACCAACGUUUGUUGUCGAGGAAUUGCCUGAAGAAGUUCAGGAAUCUGUAGUAACUGUUGACGGCAAGAGAAAAAAGAAAGUGAUUAGGAAACGGGUGAUUAAAAAGGUUAAAGAUGGCAAAGAAGAGAAAACCGAAAUAGUUACUGUAGAAGAAGAGGGCGAGAAACCCGAAACGACAGUAACCGUCGAAGAAUUACAGGCACCGGAAGAGACUGUGCCUGAAAAACCAACGUUUGUUGUCGAGGAACUGCCUGAAGAAGUUCAGGAAUCUGUAGUAACCGUUGACGGCAAGAGAAAAAAGAAAGUGAUUAAGAAACGGGUGAUUAAAAAAAUUAAAGAUGGCAAAGAAGAGAAAACAGAAAUAGUAACUGUCGAAGAAGAGGGCAAGAAACCCGAAACGACAGUAACCGUCGAAGAAUUACAGGCACCAGAAGAGACUGUGCCAGAAAAACCAACGUUUAUUGUCGAGGAAUUGCCUGAAGAAGUUCAGGAAUCUGUAGUAACCGUUGACGGCAAGAGAAAAAAGAAAGUAAUUAAGAAGCGGGUGAUUAAAAAGGUUAAAGAUGGCAAAGAAGAGAAAACCGAAAUAGUAACUGUCGAAGAAGAGGGCAAGAAACCCGAAACGACAGUAACCGUCGAAGAAUUACAAGCACCAGAAGAAACUAUGCCUGAAAAACCAACGUUUGUUGUCGAGGAAUUGCCUGAAGAAGUUCAGGAAUCUGUAGUAACUGUUGACGGCAAGAGAAAAAAGAAAGUGAUUAGGAAACGGGUGAUUAAAAAGGUUAAAGAUGGCAAAGAAGAGAAAACCGAAAUAGUAACUGUCGAAGAAGAGGGCAAGAAACCCGAAACGACAGUAACCGUCGAAGAAUUACAAGCACCAGAAGAAACUGUGCCUGAAAAACCAACGUUUGUUGUCGAGGAAUUGCCUGAAGAAGUUCAGGAAUCUGUAGUAACUGUUGACGGCAAAAGAAAAAAGAAAGUGAUUAGGAAACGGGUGAUUAAAAAGGUUAAAGAUGGCAAAGAAGAGAAAACCGAAAUAGUUACUGUAGAAGAAGAGGGCGAGAAACCCGAAACGACAGUAACCGUCGAAGAAUUACAGGCACCGGAAGAGACUGUGCCUGAAAAACCAACGUUUGUUGUCGAGGAACUGCCUGAAGAAGUUCAGGAAUCUGUAGUAACCGUUGACGGCAAGAGAAAAAAGAAAGUGAUUAAGAAACGGGUGAUUAAAAAAAUUAAAGAUGGCAAAGAAGAGAAAACAGAAAUAGUAACUGUCGAAGAAGAGGGCAAGAAACCCGAAACGACAGUAACCGUCGAAGAAUUACAGGCACCGGAAGAGACUGUGCCAGAAAAACCCACGUUUAUUGUCGAGGAAUUGCCUGAAGAAGUUCAGGAAUCUGUAGUAACCGUUGACGGCAAGAGAAAAAAGAAAGUAAUUAAGAAGCGGGUGAUUAAAAAGGUUAAAGAUGGCAAAGAAGAGAAAACCGAAAUAGUAACUGUCGAAGAAGAGGGCAAGAAACCCGAAACGACAGUAACCGUCGAAGAAUUACAAGCACCAGAAGAAACUAUGCCUGAAAAACCAACGUUUGUUGUCGAGGAAUUGCCUGAAGAAGUUCAGGAAUCUGUAGUAACUGUUGACGGCAAGAGAAAAAAGAAAGUGAUUAGGAAACGGGUGAUUAAAAAGGUUAAAGAUGGCAAAGAAGAGAAAACCGAAAUAGUAACUGUCGAAGAAGAGGGCAAGAAACCCGAAACGACAGUAACCGUCGAAGAAUUACAAGCACCAGAAGAAACUGUGCCUGAAAAACCAACGUUUGUUAUCGAGGAAUUGCCUGAAGAAGUUCAGGAAUCUGUAGUAACUGUUGACGGCAAGAGAAAAAAGAAAGUGAUUAAAAAGCGGGUGAUUAAAAAGGUUAAAGAUGGCAAAGAAGAGAAAACCGAAAUAGUAACUGUGGAAGAAGAGGGCAAGAAACCCGAAACGACAGUAACCGUCGAAGAAUUACAGGCACCGGAAGAGACUAAGCCAGAAAAACCCACGUUUAUUGUCGAGGAAUUGCCUGAAGAAGUUCAGGAAUCUGUAGUAACCGUUGACGGCAAGAGAAAAAAGAAAGUGAUUAAAAAGCGGGUGAUUAAAAAGGUUAAAGAUGGCAAAGAAGAGAAAACCGAAAUAGUAACUGUGGAAGAAGAGGGCAAGAAACCUGAAACGACAGUAACCGUCGAAGAAUUACAAGCACCGGAAGAGACUGUGCCAGAAAAACCCACGUUUAUUGUCGAGGAACUGCCUGAAGAAGUUAAGGAAUCUGUAGUAACUGUUGACGGCAAAAGAAAGAAGAAAGUGAUCAAGAAACGGGUGAUUAAAAAGGUUAAAGAUGGCAAAGAAGAGAAAACCGAAAUAGUAACUGUGGAAGAAGAGGGCAAGAAACCCGAAACGACAGUAACCGUCGAAGAAUUACAGGCACCGGAAGAGACCGUGCCUGAAAAACCCACGUUUGUUAUCGAGGAAUUGCCUGAAGAAGUUCAGGAAUCUGUAGUAACUGUUGACGGCAAAAGAAAGAAGAAAGUGAUCAAGAAACGGGUGAUUAAAAAGGUUAAAGAUGGCAAAGAAGAGAAAACCGAAAUAGUAACUGUGGAAGAAGAGGGCAAGAAACCCGAAACGACAGUAACCGUCGAAGAAUUACAAGCACCGGAAGAGACUGUGCCAGAAAAACCCACGUUUAUUGUCGAGGAACUGCCUGAAGAAGUUAAGGAAUCUGUAGUAACUGUUGACGGCAAAAGAAAGAAGAAAGUGAUCAAGAAACGGGUGAUUAAAAAGGUUAAAGAUGGCAAAGAAGAGAAAACCGAAAUAGUAACUGUGGAAGAAGAGGGCAAGAAACCCGAAACGACAGUAACCGUCGAAGAAUUACAGGCACCGGAAGAGACCGUGCCUGAAAAACCCACGUUUGUUAUCGAGGAAUUGCCUGAAGAAGUUCAGGAAUCUGUAGUAACUGUUGACGGCAAGAGAAAAAAGAAAGUGAUUAAAAAGCGGGUGAUUAAAAAGGUUAAAGAUGGCAAAGAAGAGAAAACCGAAAUAGUAACUGUGGAAGAAGAGGGCAAGAAACCCGAAACGACAGUAACCGUCGAAGAAUUACAAGCACCGGAAGAGACUGUGCCAGAAAAACCCACGUUUAUUGUCGAGGAACUGCCUGAAGAAGUUAAGGAAUCUGUAGUAACUGUUGACGGCAAAAGAAAGAAGAAAGUGAUCAAGAAACGGGUGAUUAAAAAGGUUAAAGAUGGCAAAGAAGAGAAAACCGAAAUAGUAACUGUGGAAGAAGAGGGCAAGAAACCCGAAACGACAGUAACCGUCGAAGAAUUACAGGCACCGGAAGAGACCGUGCCUGAAAAACCCACGUUUAUUGUCGAGGAAUUGCCUGAAGAAGUUCAGGAAUCUGUAGUAAUUGUUGACGGCAAAAGAAAGAAGAAAGUGAUCAAGAAACGGGUGAUUAAAAAGGUUAAAGAUGGCAAAGAAGAGAAAACUGAAAUAGUUACUGUAGAAGAAGAGGGAAAGAAACCCGAAACGACAGUAACCGUCGAAGAAUUACAGGCACCGGAAGAGACAGUGCCUGAAAAACCAACGUUUGUUGUCGAAGAAUUGCCUGAAGAAGUUCAGGAAUCUGUAGUAACUGUUGACGGCAAGAGAAAGAAGAAAGUGAUUAAGAAACGGGUGAUUAAAAAGGUUAAAGAUGGCAAAGAAGAGAAAACCGAAAUAGUAACUGUCGAAGAAGAGGGCAAGAAACCCGAAACGACAGUAACCGUCGAAGAAUUACAAGCACCAGAAGAAACUGUGCCUGAAAAACCAACGUUUGUUGUCAAGGAACUGCCUGAAGAAGUUCAGGAAUCUGUAGUAACUGUUGACGGCAAGAAAAAGAAGAAAGUGAUUAGGAAACGGGUGAUUAAAAUGGUUAAAGAUGGCAAAGAAGAGAAAACCGAAAUAGUAACUGUGGAAGAAGAGGGCAAGAAACCCGAAACGACAGUAACCGUCGAAGAAUUACAAGCACCGAAAGAGACUAUGCCAGAAAAACCAACGUUAGUUGUCGAGGAAUUGCCUGAAGAAGUUCAGGAAUCUGUAGUAACUGUUGACGGCAAGAAAAAGAAGAAAGUGAUUAGGAAACGGGUGAUUAAAAAGGUUAAAGAUGGCAACGAAGAGAAAACCGAAAUAGUUACUGUGGAAGAAGAAGGUAAAAAACCUGAGACAACGGUAACUAUGGAGGAGCUAGAAUUACCGGAUAAGAUAAUGUCAAAACAAUCCAAAUGUAUAAUUAAGGAAUUGCCUGUUGAAAUACAAACUCUAGAUUCGAUAACUAAAGAUGGAAAGAAAAAGAAGAAAACCAUUAAAAAACGAAAAAUUAAUAAGCAACUAGGUGCAAAAAUGGAGAUCACUGAAAUUUUGACAGUAGAAGAAGAAGGAAAAAGGCCGAAAACAAUCGUUAACGUAGAAGUUAUCGAUAUAUCCGAUAAAUGUGUUGAAGACGAAGAACCGUACCAGAUUAUCGAAGAACUUCCUGAGGAAGUUGAUAUCAUCGAUAUCGUUGAUAUAGAUGGCAAGAAGAGGAAAAGAACAAUAAGGAAACGUACUCUAUUGAAGGAACAAGAUGGUAAAACAGAAAAAACGGAAAUUGCAACUGUUGAAGAAGAAGGAAGGAAGCCAGAAAUAAGAGUGACUGUAGAAGAGUUAGGAGCUCUCGAAACAAAAUACUUAUUCGUUCCUAGUUUACAUGAAGAUAAAAGUGAUUUCACAGAUGAAGAGAUACUUAAUAUUUUGAAGAUAGAAAUGAUUAAGAAGUAUUUGGGACAUCCAUUACCUCAAAUGCCGACAGAAUUAAACGUCUCGUUGGGAAAGUGUACGGUUGUGUUCGAAUAUCCUGAAGUCACAAAUACAAGGACAUUGGAAAACGGAAAGGAGGAGAUUAUCAAGCAGAGAGUAUUGAAAAAGAAGUUUGGUCGUAAACAAGAAGUGAUAAACAUAUAUUCGCAGCAACAAACUGAUAAUAUACCUGAAAUGACUGUUGAAAUUCUCGAAUUACCUCAAACCGAAGAAACUCAACACCCAAGUGCCGCUCUUAUAGAACUUCCCGAAGAUAUCACGAUCAUAGAGGCUAAACCUCAAGGAAAAAAACCGUAUAAGAGAACAAUUACCAAAAGAAAACUGCUCAAGAAGAUUGGACCGCGAAUAGAGGCAACAGAAAUAAUAACUAUUCAAGAAGGCAAUCAGUUGCCGCAAAAAACAGUGAAAGUCUAUGAGUAUACUGUUGAUGAUAGUGACAUAUCUGAAGAUACGAAAGUUGGUGAGAAGAAGGGGAACAAACGUAUUAUGAAAAAACAGAAAGAAAGAAAACAAGAAAUGACCGAAAUUGUUACUGUCGAAGAAGAAGGCAAGAAACCAGAAACAACAGAUACUGUGGAGGAACUCGAGGCUCCUGAAGAGGCAGUGCCUGAACAACCAACUUACGUUGUUGAAGAACUUCCAGAGGAAGUACAAGUCACAGAAGUGGUAACCAAAGAAGGCGACAAGAAAAAGAAGGUCAUAAAGAAACGCGUCAUCAAAAAACAGAAAGACGGAAAACAAGAAAAGACCGAAAUUGUUACUGUCGAAGAAGAAGGCAGGAAACCAGAGACAACAGUCACUGUGGAGGAACUCGAGGCUCCUGAAGAGACUACGCCUGAACAAUCAACUUUCGUUGUUGAAGAGCUUCCAGAAGAAGUACAAGUCACAGAAGUGGUGACUAAAGAAGGAGAUAAGAAAAAGAAGGUCAUAAAGAAACGCGUCAUCAAAAAACAGAAAGACGGAAAACAAGAAAAGACCGAAAUUGUUACAGUCGAAGAAGAAGGUAAAAAACCAGAGACAACAGUUACUGUGGAAGAGCUCGAGGCUCCCGAAGAGACAGUGCCUGAACAACCAACUUACGUUGUUGAAGAACUUCCAGAGGAAGUACAAGUCACAGAAGUGGUGACUAAAGAAGGAGAUAAGAAGAAAAAGGUUAUCAAGAAACGCGUCAUCAAAAAACAGAAAGACGGAAAACAAGAAAAGACCGAAAUUGUUACUGUCGAAGAAGAAGGCAAAAAACCAGAGACAACAGUUACUGUGGAAGAGCUCGAGGCUCCCGAAGAGACAGUGCCUGAACAACCAACUUACGUUGUUGAAGAACUUCCAGAGGAAGUACAAGUCACAGAAGUGGUGACUAAAGAAGGAGAUAAGAAAAAGAAGGUCAUAAAGAAACGCGUCAUCAAAAAACAGAAAGACGGAAAACAAGAAAAGACCGAAAUUGUUACUGUCGAAGAAGAAGGUAAAAAACCAGAGACAACAGUUACUGUGGAAGAGCUCGAGGCUCCCGAAGAGACAGUGCCUGAACAACCAACUUACGUUGUUGAAGAACUUCCAGAGGAAGUACAAGUCACAGAAGUGGUGACUAAAGAAGGAGAUAAGAAAAAGAAGGUCAUAAAGAAACGCGUCAUCAAAAAACAGAAAGACGGAAAACAAGAAAAGACCGAAAUUGUUACUGUCGAAGAAGAAGGUAAAAAACCAGAGACAACAGUUACUGUGGAAGAGCUCGAGGCUCCCGAAGAGACAGUGCCUGAACAACCAACUUACGUUGUUGAAGAACUUCCAGAGGAAGUACAAGUCACAGAAGUGGUGACUAAAGAAGGAGAUAAGAAGAAAAAGGUUAUCAAGAAACGCGUCAUCAAAAAACAGAAAGACGGAAAACAAGAAAAGACCGAAAUUGUUACUGUCGAAGAAGAAGGCAAAAAACCAGAGACAACAGUUACUGUGGAAGAGCUCGAGGCUCCCGAAGAGACAGUGCCUGAACAACCAACUUACGUUGUUGAAGAACUUCCAGAGGAAGUACAAGUCACAGAAGUAGUAACCAAAGAAGGCGACAAGAAAAAGAAGGUCAUAAAGAAACGCGUCAUCAAAAAACAGAAAGACGGAAAACAAGAAAAGACCGAAAUUGUUACUGUCGAAGAAGAAGGCAAAAUACCAGAGACAACAGUUACUGUGGAAGAGCUCGAAGCUCCUGAAGAGGCAGUGCCUGAACAACCAACUUACGUUGUUGAAGAACUUCCAGAGGAAGUACAAGUCACAGAAGUGGUAACCAAAGAAGGCGACAAGAAAAAGAAGGUCAUAAAGAAACGCGUCAUCAAAAAACAGAAAGACGGAAAACAAGAAAAGACAGAAAUUGUUACUGUCGAAGAAGAAGGCAAAAGACCAGAGACAACAGUUACUGUGGAAGAGCUCGAGGCUCCCGAAGAGACAGUGCCUGAACAACCAACUUACGUUGUUGAAGAACUUCCAGAGGAAGUACAAGUCACAGAAGUGGUAACCAAAGAAGGCGACAAGAAAAAGAAGGUCAUAAAGAAACGCGUCAUCAAAAAACAGAGAGACGGAAAACAAGAAAAGACAGAAAUUGUUACUGUCGAAGAAGAAGGCAAGAAACCAGAGACAACAGUUACUGUGGAAGAGCUCGAGGCUCCCGAAGAGACAGUGCCUGAACAACCAACUUACGUUGUUGAAGAACUUCCAGAGGAAGUACAAGUCACAGAAGUGGUAACCAAAGAAGGCGACAAGAAAAAGAAGGUCAUAAAGAAACGCGUCAUCAAAAAACAGAAAGACGGAAAACAAGAAAAGACUGAAAUUGUUACUGUCGAAGAAGAAGGCAAAAGACCAGAGACAACAGUUACUGUGGAAGAGCUCGAGGCUCCCGAAGAGACAGUGCCUGAACAACCAACUUACGUUGUUGAAGAACUUCCAGAGGAAGUACAAGUCACAGAAGUGGUAACCAAAGAAGGCGACAAGAAAAAGAAGGUCAUAAAGAAACGCGUCAUCAAAAAACAGAAAGACGGAAAACAAGAAAAGACCGAAAUUGUUACUGUCGAAGAAGAAGGCAAAAGACCAGAGACAACAGUUACUGUGGAAGAGCUCGAGGCUCCCGAAGAGACAGUGCCUAAACAACCAACUUACGUUGUUGAAGAACUUCCAGAGGAAGUACAAGUCACAGAAGUGGUAACCAAAGAAGGCGACAAGAAAAAGAAGGUCAUAAAGAAACGCGUCAUCAAAAAACAGAAAGACGGAAAACAAGAAAAGACCGAAAUUGUUACUGUCGAAGAAGAAGGCAAGAAACCGGAGACAACAGUUACUGUGGAAGAAUCAGAAUUAGAAGACACUGAGCAGCCUCAAAUUAAGGCUACUACAGAAGAUGACAAAAAAACUAAACUUAGAAAAGAAAUGUCUGUUCUGAUGCCGAUACAACGCAAAGAAAUAAAGCCACAGAAAGCGCAAGUGGUCGAUAGCAAGGAUAUUCCUCUUUUUUCCAAAAUCCAACUGCGAAAACCCAAAUCCAUCCAAAAGAAAGACGACAAAGUGAAACUUCCUAAAUUUCUACUUAAAAGUAGAAUCAAAUUUGACGACUUUCCUCCAUAUCAAGAAAGGGAACAGCUACCACGGAUAUCCAUUCUCGAACCUGUAUACCGAGACAAUGGAAUUUUGUCUCGUAACGUGAGAGAAGCUGAAAAAAUAAAGAAACCGAAAAGAAGGAAAUUGAGAGACAAAGACUAUGAUGCAGCUGCAUUGGAAAAACUGGAUCUUGAAGUAGAUAAUUUGAAAAAGAGCGAACUUGAAAAAUUAGAUGAUAUGUAUAAACAGGAUCGAGUAUCUAAGAAGAAACCAUCACCAGAUGAUCAGCCUAGAAAACUUGUUAUCAAAAAAGGAAAAAUUCCACAAUUAGAAGAAGAGCUGGAAGUAGUAAAAUUGAAGCCAACUCCUAGUAAAAAAGUCGAGGAUGAUACCUAUGAAGUAAAAGAAGAAAAUAUGCCUAGACCCCUUGAAUCGAAAACUUUGAAAGGAGAUGAUGAUACCAACAAUCUUAGAUUUGACUCAAUGGAAUUUGAAAGAGGAAAGAAUGAUGCAGGUGAACCAGAUGUCAAGAUUGAUGACACACAAAUAAAAGACCAUAUAGAGGAAGAUCAACAUAAGGUACCGAGGAAGAAAAAGAUUAAAGGUAAACCAGAAACAGAUGAAACAACCAUCGAUAAAGGAAUUCCCAAACCUCGACACAAAUCAGAUGAAGAUGACUUGUCGUUGAAAUAUAAACAAAAACCAAAACCAGAUGAAAUUCCCGAAAAUAUAGCACUUAAACCUUUCAAAAAAGGAGGAGCGACCGACAUUAUGAAACCCGAAGUUGUUGAUGUGUUUCAGCCAUCUCAAUACGUGGUGGAAUAUAUACCUGAAGAUGAAAUAUUGGAAACUGUUACACCCGAAGGAAUAAAACGGAAAAUAAUCAUUAAAAAACGUAUAGAUAAAAAGCCGAGAGACAAAAAGCAAGAGAGAACUGAUAUCAUUACUAUAGAGGAGGAAGGUAAAGAACCAGAGAAGACAGUUACUGUGGAAGAGCUCGAGGCUCCUGAAGAAACAGUGCCUGAACAACAAACUUACGUUGUUGAAGAACUUCCAGAGGAAGUACAAGUCACAGAAGUGGUAACCAAAGAAGGCGACAAGAAAAAGAAGGUCAUAAAGAAACGCGUCAUCAAAAAACAGAAAGACGGAAAACAAGAAAAGACCGAAAUUGUUACUGUCGAAGAAGAAGGCAAAAAACCAGAGACAACAGUUACUGUGGAAGAGCUCGAGGCUCCCGAAGAGACAGUGCCUGAACAACCAACUUACGUUGUUGAAGAACUUCCAGAGGAAGUACAAGUCACAGAAGUAGUAACCAAAGAAGGCGACAAGAAAAAGAAGGUCAUAAAGAAACGCGUCAUCAAAAAACAGAAAGACGGAAAACAAGAAAAGACCGAAAUUGUUACUGUCGAAGAAGAAGGCAAAAUACCAGAGACAACAGUUACUGUGGAAGAGCUCGAAGCUCCUGAAGAGGCAGUGCCUGAACAACCAACUUACGUUGUUGAAGAACUUCCAGAGGAAGUACAAGUCACAGAAGUAGUAACCAAAGAAGGCGACAAGAAAAAGAAGGUCAUAAAGAAACGCGUCAUCAAAAAACAGAAAGACGGAAAACAAGAAAAGACCGAAAUUGUUACAGUCGAAGAAGAAGGUAAAAAACCAGAGACAACAGUUACUGUGGAAGAGCUCGAGGCUCCCGAAGAGACAGUGCCUGAACAACCAACUUACGUUGUUGAAGAACUUCCAGAGGAAGUACAAGUCACAGAAGUGGUAACCAAAGAAGGCGACAAGAAAAAGAAGGUCAUAAAGAAACGCGUCAUCAAAAAACAGAAAGACGGAAAACAAGAAAAGACCGAAAUUGUUACAGUCGAAGAAGAAGGUAAAAAACCAGAGACAACAGUUACUGUGGAAGAGCUCGAGGCUCCCGAAGAGACAAUGCCUGAACAACCAACUUACGUUGUUGAAGAACUUCCAGAGGAAGUACAAGUCACAGAAGUGGUAACCAAAGAAGGCGACAAGAAAAAGAAGGUCAUAAAGAAACGCGUCAUCAAAAAACAGAAAGACGGAAAACAAGAAAAGACCGAAAUUGUUACUGUCGAAGAAGAAGGCAAAAAACCAGAGACAACAGUUACUGUGGAAGAGCUCGAGGCUCCCGAAGAGACAGUGCCUGAACAACCAACUUACGUUGUUGAAGAACUUCCAGAGGAAGUACAAGUCACAGAAGUAGUAACCAAAGAAGGCGACAAGAAAAAGAAGGUCAUAAAGAAACGCGUCAUCAAAAAACAGAAAGACGGAAAACAAGAAAAGACCGAAAUUGUUACUGUCGAAGAAGAAGGCAAAAUACCAGAGACAACAGUUACUGUGGAAGAGCUCGAAGCUCCUGAAGAGGCAGUGCCUGAACAACCAACUUACGUUGUUGAAGAACUUCCAGAGGAAGUACAAGUCACAGAAGUAGUAACCAAAGAAGGCGACAAGAAAAAGAAGGUCAUAAAGAAACGCGUCAUCAAAAAACAGAAAGACGGAAAACAAGAAAAGACCGAAAUUGUUACAGUCGAAGAAGAAGGUAAAAAACCAGAGACAACAGUUACUGUGGAAGAGCUCGAGGCUCCCGAAGAGACAGUGCCUGAACAACCAACUUACGUUGUUGAAGAACUUCCAGAGGAAGUACAAGUCACAGAAGUGGUAACCAAAGAAGGCGACAAGAAAAAGAAGGUCAUAAAGAAACGCGUCAUCAAAAAACAGAAAGACGGAAAACAAGAAAAGACCGAAAUUGUUACUGUCGAAGAAGAAGGCAAAAAACCAGAGACAACAGUUACUGUGGAAGAGCUCGAGGCUCCCGAAGAGACAGUGCCUGAACAACCAACUUACGUUGUUGAAGAACUUCCAGAGGAAGUACAAGUCACAGAAGUAGUAACCAAAGAAGGCGACAAGAAAAAGAAGGUCAUAAAGAAACGCGUCAUCAAAAAACAGAAAGACGGAAAACAAGAAAAGACCGAAAUUGUUACUGUCGAAGAAGAAGGCAAAAUACCAGAGACAACAGUUACUGUGGAAGAGCUCGAAGCUCCUGAAGAGGCAGUGCCUGAACAACCAACUUACGUUGUUGAAGAACUUCCAGAGGAAGUACAAGUCACAGAAGUGGUAACCAAAGAAGGCGACAAGAAAAAGAAGGUCAUAAAGAAACGCGUCAUCAAAAAACAGAAAGACGGAAAACAAGAAAAGACAGAAAUUGUUACUGUCGAAGAAGAAGGCAAAAGACCAGAGACAACAGUUACUGUGGAAGAGCUCGAGGCUCCCGAAGAGACAGUGCCUAAACAACCAACUUACGUUGUUGAAGAACUUCCAGAGGAAGUACAAGUCACAGAAGUGGUAACCAAAGAAGGCGACAAGAAAAAGAAGGUCAUAAAGAAACGCGUCAUCAAAAAACAGAAAGACGGAAAACAAGAAAAGACCGAAAUUGUUACUGUCGAAGAAGAAGGCAAAAGACCAGAGACAACAGUUACUGUGGAAGAGCUCGAGGCUCCCGAAGAGACAGUGCCUGAACAACCAACUUACGUUGUUGAAGAACUUCCAGAGGAAGUACAAGUCACAGAAGUGGUAACCAAAGAAGGCGACAAGAAAAAGAAGGUCAUAAAGAAACGCGUCAUCAAAAAACAGAAAGACGGAAAACAAGAAAAGACAGAAAUUGUUACUGUCGAAGAAGAAGGCAAGAAACCAGAGACAACAGUUACUGUGGAAGAGCUCGAAGCUCCUGAAGAGGCAGUGCUUGAACAACCAACUUACGUUGUUGAAGAACUUCCAGAGGAAGUACAAGUCACAGAAGUGGUAACCAAAGAAGGCGACAAAAAGAAGAAGGUCAUAAAGAAACGCGUCAUCAAAAAACAGAAAGACGGAAAACAAGAAAAGACCGAAAUUGUUACUGUCGAAGAAGAAGGCAAAAGACCAGAGACAACAGUUACUGUGGAAGAGCUCGAGGCUCCCGAAGAGACAGUGCCUGAACAACCAACUUACGUUGUUGAAGAACUUCCAGAGGAAGUACAAGUCACAGAAGUGGUAACCAAAGAAGGCGACAAGAAAAAGAAGGUCAUAAAGAAACGCGUCAUCAAAAAACAGAAAGACGGAAAACAAGAAAAGACAGAAAUUGUUACUGUCGAAGAAGAAGGCAAGAAACCAGAGACAACAGUUACUGUGGAAGAGCUCGAAGCUCCUGAAGAGGCAGUGCUUGAACAACCAACUUACGUUGUUGAAGAACUUCCAGAGGAAGUACAAGUCACAGAAGUGGUAACCAAAGAAGGCGACAAAAAGAAGAAGGUCAUAAAGAAACGCGUCAUCAAAAAACAGAAAGACGGAAAACAAGAAAAGACCGAAAUUGUUACUGUCGAAGAAGAAGGCAGGAAACCAGAGACAACAGUUACUGUGGAGGAACUCGAGGCUCCUGAAGAGACUACGCCUGAACAAUCAGCUUUCGUUGUUGAAGAGCUUCCAGAGGAAGUACAAGUCACAGAAGUGGUAACCAAAGAAGGCGACAAAAAGAAGAAGGUCAUAAAGAAACGCGUCAUCAAAAAACAGAAAGACGGAAAACAGGAAAAGACAGAAAUUGUUACUGUCGAAGAAGAAGGUAAAAAGCCAGUGACAACAGUUACUAUAGAAGAACUGAAGGUUCCUGAAGAACCAGUCCAGCCAGAAAAAAUUCUCUUCGUCCCUUCCUUACAUGAAGCAAAAAGUGAUUUCACUGAUGAAGAGAUAUUGAAUAUUUUGAAAAUAGAGUUGAUUAAAAAGCAUCUAUCUCAUCCUCUGCCUCAAAUGCCUUUGGAACUCAACGUUACACUUGGAAAAUGUGCAGUUGUGUUUGAAUAUCCCGAAGAAAUCAUCAAACGAUAUUCAGAAACCGGGGAUGAAGAAAUCAUAAGAAAGAGACCUUUAAAGAAACCGAAAGGUCGGAAACAAGAAAUAAUAGAGAUUUUUACCGAAGAUAAAGAUAAUGAAGAAUCUGUAAGAUCUGUACAAAUCACUGAAGCUCCUAAAAAGGAAGAAUCACGUCAUCCGAUAGCUGCUCUCAUUGAAUUGCCUGAAGAUAUUAGUGUUAUUGAAAUCAGUACCGCGGGUAAGAAACCUUCGAAGAAAAUAACAAAAAAGAGAACGUUAUUGAAAAAACUAGGCCCCAAAAUAGAAGCCACAGAAAUCGUUACAGUUUUUGAAGAAAACAAAGAACCUCAACAAAACGUUUAUAUACAUGAAUACAACGAAGUCACUUCUCCAUUGGAGCCUGAACUAAUAAUACCAGAAACUUUAACACCAAAAAUCACACCACUCACUCCAAAACAAAUUACUGAAGUUUACACAUCUGAAAAUACACAGGAUGUAGGAGUAGAAACUCCAUCUAUUGAAUCAGGAAAAGCUCAAAUAGUACGUGAAAUUCAAGAAUCAGUAGUCAUAGAAACGAUACAGACUCAAAAACCAAUCGAUGAAAUUCCUGAAAUAGAAAAACCAAUAGAAGUUACAGAAAAGACAGAGAUAAAAGAAGCAAUAGAAACGUUUGAAGAAGAGACCCCGAAGAAAAGAAUCGUCAAAAAGAAAAUAGUCAAGAAACCAAAAAGUGACACACUUGGUUCCACAGAAAUCCUUUUUGUAGAAGAAGAAGAAAUAGAACCUCAAAAAUCAUCAGUUAUUUCUGAAGAUAUUGAAGAAUUACCAGAAGACGUGCAAGUUAUCGAAUCUAUUGAAGAUGGUGUCCCGAAGAAAACUAUAUUGAAGAAACGAGUCAUUAAAAAAAUAAAAAAAGGUGUCCAAGAGACCCUAGAAAUACUAACAGUACAAGAGGAAGGUAAAGAACCUCAAACAUCCGUAUCAGUAUACGAAGAAGAUGAGAAACCUAAAGAAGAAAUUACGUACGUAGAGGAACUACCAGAAGAAGUUAAAAUCAUGGAAACCAUCGAUGAAGGAAAAGUAAAAACAACGAAAGUAACUAAACGUGUUAUUAGAAAACAAAAAGGUAAAAAGCAAGAAACAACAGAAAUUUCAACCGUUGAAGAAGAUGGCAAAAUGCUAGAACCUACAGUUACUAUUACUGAAAUUGAACAACGAGAAGAAGAACUACAAUCAACAAAACCAACAACGCAAGAAACAACAAUUGUAGAAGAAUUGCCCGAAACAAUAACCGUUGCUGAAAUUGACACCAAGGAAGGUCCAAAGACGAAAAUAAUCAAAAAGAAAGUUUUUAGAAAACAAAAAGGCGACAAGAAAGAGUUAACUCAAAUCGUAACUGUAACAGAAGAAGGAAAAGAGCCACAAACAUCUAUAAUGAUCAGCGAAGAACCCAUCGAAGAAGAAACAACGAAACCAAUUAUUGUAGAGCUACCCGAAGAAGUAACAGUAGCCGAAACUAUCGAAGAUGGAGUUCCAAGAAAAACUGUAACCAAAAAACGUACGAUAAAGAAACGAAAAGGUGAUAAACAAGAAGUAACAGAAAUACUAACUGUCCAAGAAGAAGAUAAAAAACCUGAAACCACCAUAACAGUAGUGGAAUUACCUGAAAUUAUCGAGGAAGUUCCAAAAGAACAGGGUAUUGAAAAACAGAUAAAAAAGAAGAUUAUAAAGAAACAAAAAGACGAUAAAGAAAUUAAAGUAGUAGAAGAAGAAGAAGAAGCUAAAGUCCCACAAGAAACAGUUAUCGUUGAAGAUGUUAAAGAAACGAAAACUAUAAAGAAAAAGAUUAAAAAGAAACCCAAAGAAACCGAACCAACAUUAAUAACGGAAGACAAUAUUUUGAUAGUUCCCACAUUAUCUCAGAAAGAAACAACCGAAGGGGUUGAGGAAAUGAUUCAAAUCGAACUUCUGAAGAAAGCGUUAGCUUUACCGACAGUGGAAGUUGCCCAUAGGGAAAACGAAGUUGUUGUUAUCGGCAAACCCGAAGUAUUACAAGAACUACCCGAACACGUUCAAAUUAUAGAAAUAGAAGAUGAAAAUGGUAAACCUCUGACGAAAACUGUAAGGAAAAGAAUUUUGAAAAAGAAAAAAGAUGACAAAACCGAAAUAACAGAAAUACGUACAAUAGAAGUAGAAGGAAAGCAACCACAGACGUCAAUUGUAAUAGAAGAAGUUGUUGAGGAAGAGCAACCAGAAGAUAUGCCAACUACCGUAGUUAUUGAGAUGCCAGAAGAAGUUGAAACUAAAAUAGAGGAUGAUAAAAAAGUGACAAUCAAAAAGAAAAUAAUGAAAAAACGUAAGGGUCAUGACAAAGAAGAAGUAACGGAAAUUAUAACUAGAGAAGAAGAAGGUGAAAAACCACAAACCACGGUGGUAAUUCAAGAAAUUAUCGUACCAGAAGAAGAUUUAACUAUCGACGAAUCUGAAUAUGUAAUAGAACUUCCCGAAGACGUAAAAAUAAUAGAAAAACUAACACCAACAGGUAUCGAAAAAAGUACUGUCAAGCAUAGAACCAUAAAACAUCGUAAAGGAAACAAAUUACAUACUACAAAUAUUGUUACAAAAGAGGAAGAAGGUAAAGAACCCCAAACCUCAGUUGUAAUUGAUGAGGAAGACGUAUUUGAAGAAAUUCUUUCACAUACGUUCGUAAUACCAGAAAUAGUUAUAGAAGAACUUCCUUCGGAAGUAAAAAUAAUCGAACAAACAGAUAAACAAGGUAAACCAAAUAAACAAGUAGUCGAAAAGAGAACGCUGAAGAAACGAAAAGGUAGCAAAGAUGAGAUAAUCAAAAUAGAAAUAGUACAAGAAGAAGAUAAAAAACCUCAGGGAUCAGUAACUAUAGAAGAAAUUGAUGUAACAGAAGAAGUAUCUUCUUUACCAUCUUAUAUUGAAGAAAGUCCCGAAGAAGUUACAGUUAUCGAACAUAUAGAUAAACAUGGCGUACCUAAAAAACAAAUUUCUAAAAAGAAAGUUAUUAAAAAAAUAACAGGAAAUAAAGAAGAAACUACUGAAAUUUUCUCGGUAACAGAAGAGGGUGAACUUCCUAAAACUACAGUUAUUGUAGAAGAACACGAAUUAUCGUCGGAACAACUUUUAACGAUACCUUCAGUAACAAGUUGCAUACCAUCUUACAUAGAAGAGCUACCAGAAGAAGUAGUUAUAACCAAAAGUGAAGUACAUGAAGGAGAACCAACGAAAAAGAUAAUAAAAAGAAGAUUCAAAAAACCUAAAGCGACAAAAGACGAAAUAAUAGAAAUCCUUUGUAUAGAAGAAGAAGGAAAAGAACCACAAUAUAGUAUAGUGUUAGAGGAAGAACAAGAAAUAGCGGAAAUACCUAAAGUAAAGAAAAUUAAAAAGAAGAAACCUAAAGAAGAGAAACUACUAGAAGAACAAAUGGUAGAAGUAGAAGAGGUAACAAAAGAAGAUUCUUCAAUUAUCGAAAUAGAAGAUCAAGAUGAAGAAGAAGAUCAAUUGAAGAAACCGAAAAUUAAAAAGGUGAAAAAGAAAAAACCUUCAGGAGCACAACCGAUAGAAGACACCCCAUCAGAAGAGAUAUCUGAGGAAAAGAAACCCAAGAAACUUAGAAGGGAACUAUCGGUACUUAUGCCUAUAGAAAGGAAAGAAAUUCAAGCACAAAAAGUUAAAGUAGUAGAAUCGAAAGAUGUUCCAUUAUUUGGGGAUAUCAAAUUGAAAAAACCAAAAAUAGUACAAAGAAAGGAGGAUAAAGUUAAAAAACCGAAAUUCCUAUUGAAAAGUAGAAUCGAUUUUAUUCGGUUUCCACCUGAAACGGAAUCGGAAAGUUUACCGAGAAUAUCGAUAUUAGAACCUGUUUAUAGAGAUAAUGGAGUUUUAUCACGUAAUGUUAAAGAAGCUGAAAAGGUACCGAAAACAAAGAAGAGAAGACUUAGAGAUAAGGACGUUGAUAUGAAAAAUCUAGAAAAAUUAGAUCUAGAACUUGAUGAACUGAAAAAGAAAGAAUUAGAAAAAGUCGAUGACGUAUUCAAAUAUGAAGCUAAACCAAAAUCAAAACCGGUUUCCGAAGAAGAACCUAAACAAAUUAUUAAAAAGAAAGGUAAAAUACCAGAAAAAGAAGACAUUGAUGAACAAGUUAAAUUAAAAGCAGUACCAGAGAAACCUACUGAAAAAGAAGAAGAUUCUGAAAAACCAGUUAUUAAGAAAGUUCCUUCUGGAGAUAAACCUAAAGUGAAAGAAGAAGAAGACACGCGCGACAAAUUGAAAUUUGAACCUUACGACAUAGAACGAGAAAAUGUCGAAUUAGAAAAACCAGAGCGUAUUGAAGAAGAAAAAGAUACAAUCGAACAACCAACACCAGAAAUGAAGAAAGUACCUAAGAAGAAGAAAGUUAAAAUUCCUCCAGAAACAGAAGAAAUCACUCUUAUAAAAGGAACACCAAAACAAAAAGAAGAACCUGACGAAAGUGAUAUAAAUCUUAAAUAUAAACAGAAACCUAAACCUGAACCUAUACCUGAAGAUAUAACUCUAAAACCAUUCAAAAAAGACGAAGAAAAAGAAGAAAUGAAACCGGAUAUCGAUGAUACUUUGAAACUUCCUCAAAUUCCUACUGUAGAAGAAGAAGAAAUAAUCGAAACCGUUAAACAGAAAGAACCUACCAAGAAAAAAGUCAAAAAGAUUAAACCAAAAACGAUAGAACCUUCAGUUGAAGAAAUUAAAGUACCAGAUGAAGAAAAAGACGAAGAAAUUGACGAAACCGAAACUGUUCUAGAAGAAACAGUGGAUGAAAUAUUACCAGACAAGGAAGAAAUACCAAUAGAAGAAGGAAUAACUGAAAAAGAAAAAAUUAAAAAGAAAACGAUUAUUAAGAAAAAGAAGGUAAAGGAAACAGAUAAAGCAGCAGAUGAAAUUCCAGAGGAUAUGAAACCGUUAGAAAAAGAGGAAAUGAAACCUGAUACUGAUGAUACAUCGAAACUUCCCCAAAUUCCUUCUGUAGAAGAAAAAGAAAUAAUCGACACUGUGGAACAAAAAGAGCCCACUAAGAAAAAAGUUAAAAAGAUGAGAUCAAAAUCGAAAGAGUCUUCAGCUGAAGAAAUUAAAUCACCUGAAGAGUUGCCGGUAGAAGAAAAAGUCGAGGAAUUUCCGAUAGAAGAAAUUAAAGAAGUUGAAACCGAAACUCUCGUGGAAGAAACAGUGGAUGAAGUCUUACCACAAGACGAAAACGAAGGAACAACUGAAAAAGAGAAAAUUAAAAAGAAAACAAUAAUCAAGAAAAAGAAGGUGAAAGAAGCAACCAAGGCAGCAGAUUCAGUACCAGAGGAAGUAAAACCUUUAGAAAAAGACGAAAAACCAGAAAAAUUACAACUCAAAGUUGAAAUCACUCCAACCAAAGUCCAACAUUCGGUUGUAACAACUCUCGAUGAACCAGUAAAACUUGGGGAAAUUAAAUUGAAGAAACCCAAAAUACCCACAAAAAUAGAACCAAAAACCACCAAGGUACCUAAAUUUUUACUUAAAAGUAGGAUAGUCCACGUACCCUUCCCGCCUGAGCACGAGGCUCAAACUAUCCCCAUAAUCAAAGAACUUCCUCCUGUAUAUAGAGAUAAUGGAGUUUUAUCGAGAAAUAUCAAAGACGCUGAAAAGGUUCCAAAGAAAAAACGUAUAAAAGUUAAAGAUAUAGAACGAGAAAUAAAAUCGUUGGAAGAAUUAGAUAAAGAUUUUGAAGAAUCUAAAAAACAACUUGAAAAGGUAGACGAAGAAUAUAAAACGCCUAAAAAACCAAAAGAAAAGCCUGAAAUUACCGAAGAAGAACCGAAAAAGAUUCAAAUCGGAAAAGGAAAAUUACCUGAGGAAAAACCACAAGAAGAACCGAUAAAACUUAAGAAAAUAAUUAAAAAACCUUCCGAAGAAGAAACACCAGAAGUAAUAAAAGUUCCUAAAGGUACAGAAGAUAAACCUGCUUCCAGAGUUAUAGACGAUAAAGAAUCUCCUAAUUUGGAACCAUUUAUACCCAAAGAUUUUGAUAAAGAGGAUACAGAAUUAGAAAAGUAUAUUCCACGAGCAUUCGAAGAAGAAACUGAUCAGAAAUUACCCGAAACUGUUUCUAAGAAACCGAAAAAACCAAAGAAAAAAGCAGAACCUGAAACUGAAGAACAUCAACUGGAAAUGGGUAAAGGUAAACCAAAAGAUGUAGAAGAUGUACCAGAAAUUGACAAAAAAUAUAAACAGAAACCAAAGCCCGAAGAAAGCCCAGAAAAAAUUACACUCAAACCAUUUAAGAAAGAAGAUGAUAACGAAAUUUAUACAGUAACUGUAGAAGAACCCAAGGAACCACUCAAAUCCGCAGUAGAAUACAUAGAAGCAGAAGAAGAGGAAGAUGUUAUAACAAAGAAAAAGGUUAUAAGAAAAAUCAAAAAGCCAAAAUCAAAAUCUAAAGAUGAAGUUCCAAAUGAAGAAGAAAAGUCGAUAGAACCUUUUAUGCUGGAAGAAGAAAAAGUAGAUGAUACAAAGCAGCAAAUUCCUACAGAAGAUAAGUCUACAGUAGAAGAAGAGGAAGAAAAAUUGAAAGAUAAGUCUACAGUAGAAGAAGAGGAAGAAAAAUUGAAACCUGAACAGCAGGAUAUAGAAAAAUACGAAAUGCCGAUUUCUCAACUUGAAGAGGAUAAAAUUGAUGAGCUAAAAGUAGAGGAAGAGCCUCGUAAAGUGAAAAAAGCUAAAGUUAAGAAACCAAAAGUGGAAGCAGUUGACGAAGCAAUUCCUGAAAAGCCUGUACGCGUCUCGAUUGAACGUAUACCUGUACAAAAGGCACAAAUACCAACUAUCAGUGAAAUAAUUCCAGAGUUUGCCGAAAUAAAACUAAAGAAACCUAAAGCGGUUAAACAAGAUAUAAAACCUAAGAAAAUUGUACCGAAAGUUUUACUGAAGAGUAGAAUAGAUUACAUAGAUUUCCCACCUUUGAAUGAGAAAGAAUGCAAACCAAUAAUCACUGAAUUAGAGCCGGUUUAUAGAGAAAAUGGAGUUUUAUCUAGAAAUGUAGAAGAAGCGAAAAAGGUUAAACCUAAAAAGAAGAAAGUAGUGAGAGUGAAGGAAUUAGAAAAAUUAGAUAAAGAAUUUGAAGAGCUAAAGAAAGCGGAACCGGAACAAGUAGAUGAAGCUUAUAGAAAGAAACCCAAGGUCAUUAAGAAACCUGUUAAACCAGUUCUUAUGAAAAUUGUUAGAAUCGAAGUUAUAGCACAGAAACCAAAAAUAAUAGAAAUAAAAGAAGAACCUAUCAAUCUCGCCGAUAUUAAACUGAAAAAGUCUAAAGCUCCCCAGAAAAAAGAAGAAAAGAGUGUAACUAUUCCGAAACUUAAAUUGAAAAGCAGAAUAAACUGGAUCGAUUUCCCACCUCUAUCAGAAAUAUUACAGAAACUUCAGAUAACUGAAUUAAACGCUGUAAGGGAAAAUGGCAUACUUUCCCGUAAUAUAGAAGAAGCGAAGAAAUUGAAGAAAAUAAAACGUAAAGUGAAACCAAAAGAAGAAGAACCCGAAAAAAUCGAAUUGGAAAAAGUGGAUUUGGAAAUAGAAAAACCGGAAAAACCUGCACCGAAAGAACCAGAAGAACCGGCGAAAUUCACACGAACUCCCAAAGAACCUGCUGCACACGAAGAAGAACCUUCAGUUACAAUUAAAAUAGGUAAAGGAAAAGUACCAGAUGCUCCUGAAAUUCCAGAUGAGAAUAUUACUCUGAAGAAAACACCUGGAAAGCCUAAACCGGAAGAAGAGACCGAAAAAGAAAAACCAAAACCGAAGCCGAAAGAUGAAGAAAAAAUACCAGAUAAAUUAGAACAAAAAGAAAUUAAAGACAAAAUAGAUUUCGAACCGUUCGAUAUAGAUCGAAACGAUAUAGAAAAAGAAGAAUACGUACCACCGGAAGAAGAAAAGGAAGAAGAAGAAAAACCUCCAAAAGAUAAAACAAAAUAUGUUAAAAAGAAGAAGACCAAACCACUUCCAGAAACUGAAGAAUUUUUAUUACAAAAAGGUAUACCUAAACAACCCGAAGAGGAACAACCGGAAGAAGUUAAAUUCAGAAUUCCUAAAAAAGAUAAACCUGAAGAUACUCCCGAAGGAAUAAAAUUAAAACCAUUCAAAAAACAGGACGACCAAGAAGUGUUGUAUAUAAAAGAAGAAAUUCCAGAUAAGCCUACUCAAACCGUUAUUUAUAUUAAAGAUGACGAAGAAGAAGAGAGUGAUAUUGAUAUAGAUUUAGACAAAAUUAAAAAGAAAGUUAUUAAAAAGAAACGUACUAAAAAACCAGAACCUUCUAUUUCAAGCGAAGAAAAACCACAAGAAGAAUCACCAGAAGAAAAGAUAAGCGAAGAAACACCUUUAGAAGUUCCCAUUGAUACUGAAACUACUUCAGUUGAAGAAAAGAUCGAAAAACCAGAACAAGAAAAACCAAUCGUUCCAAUAAAAAAACAAGAAGACGAAAAGAAAGAUGUUGUAUCAGAAACUCCAAAAGAACCUGAAAAAUUAGAUGAAAUUAAACUUAAAAAACCAAAACCGAAGCCGAAAGUAGUUGAAAAACCAAAAGAAAAGAAAGAAUUGAAACCAAGGUUGAAGAGUAGAAUAAAUUACGUGGAUUAUCCACCGACUUUACAUACUCUAAAAAUAACAGAGCUCAAUACAAUAAGAGGCACUGGAGAGAUAUCAAGAAACGUAAAAGAAGCGGAAAAAACGUUGAAAACCAAGAGGCGUAAGCUCAAAGAAGUAGAAAAAGAACCUACAGAUCUAGAAAAAUUGGACUUGGAAUUUGAAGAACUGAAGAAAAAUAAACCAGAAACAGUAGACGAUAUAUAUCGGUAUGAAAAGAAAGAAAAGGAAACACCACAAGAACCUGAAGUAACUUUACCUCUAAAGAAACAAAAAGGGAAAAUCCCUAAAGAAGAAGAACAAUCAGAAGAAGUUAAGCUUAAAAGUAAACCUUCCAAAGAAGAAGAAACUCUACAAGAAGAAACGGUUAAAGAGGAAAAACCACAACCGGAAGAAAGUAAAGUGAGUGAAAAGAAACCAGAAACACUUAUUGAAAAAAUACCUUUCGAACCAUACGAUAUCGAUAGGAAGUCUCCAGAAAAAGAAGAUUUAGAUCUUCCAGAAAUCGACAAAGCUAAACCGGAAAAACCUAAAAAGAAGAAAUCUAAACAAAAACCAGAAGAUAAGGACAAACCCGGUGAAGAGCCCGAACAAAUCGUUCUCGUCAAAGGAAAACCAAAAGAAACUAGUCCAGAAAAGGAAGCCGAUAUUAAAUUCAGAAUACCUGAAAAAGAGGAACCUGAGUCUAAAGAAGAAAUAAUCCAAGAAGUUGAAAUUAGUAAAAAACCAGAAGAUAGCAGAGUAGAGGAAGAAACUGAGAAUGAUAUCAUUAUUCCUGGUACUAAAACUGUUGAAGAAACAGAAAUGAUAGAAACCGAAAAAGUAUCAAUAAAAUUGAAGAAAAAACCGAAGAAAAAACCUGAAGAAACCCCCAUAGUCGAAGAAGAAGUACCGGAAUCGCCUAAAGUGGAAGAACCACAAGAAGAAACAGAAAUUCAAUACAAACCUGAAGGUGAAAUCAAAAAGGAAGAUGAAAAAGGGAAUGAAAUCCUCCUAAAGCCUAAGAGGGAAGAGACUGAAGAUGUUACAAUCAAGAAAAAACGAACGAAACCUAAAAAGAAAACUGUGGAAGAAGCAGAAAUAACCAUUAAAAAACUCGUUCCUCUUCCUCAAGAUGAAACUAAAGAAGAUGAAACCGUAGAAGUAGAAAUUUUAAUCAAACCGAAACCAGAACUUCAGCCAGAAACUGUAGAAGAGGUUGAAGCUGAAGUUGUACUUAAACCUAAACUUGACGAAAAGGAAGAGGUCACGAUAAAAAAACCGAAGUUCAAACCUAAAAAAGAAGAUGAAGGAAGCGAUGAAAUUGUAGUUAAGAAACUUGCUCCUAAAGAAGAAGUAACAGAAGAAACUAAUGUCGAAUCUGAAGUCAUAAUAAAGCCCAAACCGAAAGUAGAAGAAGCACCAGAAACAAUUGAAGAGGUUGAGGCAGAAAUAACAAUUAAACCCAAACUUGUCGAAGAACAAGACAAAGAAGAGGUUACUAUCAAGAAGCCCAAGACUAAACCAAAGAAAAAAGAUGAAGGCGAAGAUAAUAUUACUGUUAAAAAAUUCGUUCCAGUACCAAAAGAAGAAGAAGAGGUUCCUACUGUCGAAUCUGAGGUUAUAAUUAAGCCCAAGCCGAAAGUAGAAGAAGCAGUUGAAGAGGUUGAAGCAGUAGUAACGAUAAAACCCAAACCUGACGAAGAACAGGACAAAGAAGAGGUUACUAUUAAGAAACCCAAGACUAAGCCUAAGAAAAAAGAUGAGGGAGAAGAUAAGAUUACUGUUAAAAAAUUCGUUCCAGGACCCAAAGACGAAGAAGAAGAGGUUCCUACUGUUGAAUCUGAAGUUAUAAUUAAGCCCAAGCCUAAAGUAAAAGAAGCACCAGAAGUUGUUGAAGAGGUUGAAACAGAAAUAACUUUACAACCCAAACCAGACGAAGAACAAGACAAAGAAGAGGUUACUAUUAAGAAGCCCAAGACUGAACCAAAGAAAAAAGAUGAAGGCGAAGAUAAGAUUACUGUUAAAAAAUUCGUUCCAGUACCAAAAGAAGAAGAAGAGGUUCCUACUGUCGAAUCUGAAGUCACAAUAAAGUCCAAACCCAAAGUAGACGAAACACCAGAAACUAUUGAAGAGGUUGAAGCAGAAAUAACGAUAAAACCCACACCUGAGGAAGAAAAGAGUACAGAAGAGGUUACUAUCAAGAAGCCCAAGACUAAACCAAAGAAAAAAGAUGAAGGCGAAGAUAAGAUUACUGUUAAAAAAUUCGUUCCAGUACCAAAAGAAGAAGAAGGGGUUCCUACUGUCGAAUCUGAGGUUAUAAUUAAGCCCAAGCCGAAAGUACAAGAAGCCCCAGAAGCAGUUGAAGAGGUUGAAGCAGGAGUAACGAUAAAACCCAAACCUGACGAAGAACAGGACAAAGAAGAGGUUACUAUUAAGAAACCCAAGACUAAGCCUAAGAAAAAAGAUGAGGGAGAAGAUAAAAUAACUGUCAAAAAGUUUAUUCCAGUACCCAAAGAGGAAGAAGAAGUUCCUACUGUCGAAUCUGAAGUUAUAAUUAAGCCCAAGCCUAAAGUAAAAGAAGCACCAAAAGUUGUUGAAGAGGUUGAAGCAGAAAUAACUUUACAACCCAAACCAGACGAAGAACAAGACAAAGAAGAGGUUACUAUUAAGAAGCCCAGGACUAAACCAAAGAAAGAAGAUGAAGGCGAAGAUAAGAUUACUGUUAAAAAAUUCGUUCCAGGACCCAAAGACGAAAAAGAAGAGGUUCCUACUGACGAAUCUGAGGUCAUAAUAAAGCCCAAGCCCAAAGUAGACGAAACACGAGAAACUAUAGAUGAGGUUGAGGCUGAAAUAACGAUAAAACCCAAACCUGAGGAAGAAAAGAGCACAGAAGAGGUUACUAUUAAGAAGCCUAAGACCAAGCCUAAGAAAGAAGAUGAAGACAAAGAUGAACUAACGAUCAAAAAAUAUAUCCCUGAGCUGCAGCCUGAAGGUGAGGAAGAGGUAAAAGUACAAAUCAAAAAACCAAAAUCUAAGAAGAAAAGUAAACCUGUGAUAGAGGAGGAAGCAGAAAUAACGAUUGAGGUAAAACCAACAGUAGAAGAAGACACUGAAAUUACAAUACAAAAAACAAAAGAUACUCCCAAAUUUAAAGACGAAGAAGAAGAUGCUAUCACGAUUAAAAAGCAUGUGCCUGUGACAGAAGAUGAAGUUACAGUACCGAAACAAGUAUCAGAUGACGAAGAGGCCGAGCUAAAAUUGAAACCUGCAAAGAAAACUCCCGUAGGCGAAGAAAAAGACGAAAUUACAAUUAAAAAAUACGAAAUCGUCGAUGACAAACCAUUAGAAGAAACAGAUGAAAGAACUGAAGUAAUCAUCAAGAAGAAACCGAAAGAGAAGUUACCUGAACAGGAAGAUACCGAAGCCGAAAUUACUAUGAAACCUAAAGAAGAGCCGGAAAAUGUCGAAGAAAACGUGGAAAUAAAGGUUAAGAAACCAGUACGAAAAACACCUUCCGUUGAAGAGCAAUCUGAUGAAUUAACUGUUCAAAGAUUGAAACCAGUUAGGAAACCAUCUCAACCGGAAGUUCCAGAUAUAGCAGAAAUAGAAACUGUUACAUUUAGACCAAAAACAACGAAAACAAAAGAAGACGUCGAAACGGAAUUCAAAAUAUCCCUCGACGAAUACGCAGAAGAAGAAAUAUCUCUAUCGACAAAAGUGAAAUUGAAGAAACAAAAACCACUAACAUAUUCCGAAGAAACAACUGAAGAUACUGUUAAAAUCACGCAAGAAAUUGAAAACGAAGGACCGACUAUUGAAGAAAUAAUCGAUGAACCUGAAGAAGAAGUUCCCGAAGACGAUGAUAUCUCGGAAAGUUUCCAUAUCUCUUUCAAACGAAGACCUUCCAGGAAAUACUCAGUCGUGGAAGAAAAUGAAGAAGAAGUCAGUUUCAAGACACCAAUCAAACAAGUCGAUUAUGAAGAAGAGGGCGAGGGCAAUUUCACAAUUAAACCAAAAAGAAAGGAAUCUGUAAUAUUCGACGAAGAAGCAGUUUCUCUAAGCAUAACGAAAGAAAAAGAAGUAGUUGAAGAGGUUAUACACGAAGAAGAAGUUGAAGUAGGAGACGUUUAUUAUUCAAUCACCAUCUACGACGCUGAAGCCGAUCAGGCAAUCGAUAUGGUAGAAGGUGAAAAGGUUUACGUUAUCGAAAACCCAGAUUCGGAUUGGUGGUUAGUGAAGAAACAUUUGACAGAAGAAACCGGAUGGGUUCCUGCUAAAAUACUGAUGAAAGAAGAACAAUAUCAGCAAUACGUACAGAGAAAAUUAAACGAGAAAAUUGAUAAACUCCCCGUGUUUGAAAAGCCUAAAUCGAAAGAAAAGGCUUCAGCCCCCAAAUUUAUCAAGAAGCUUGAACCAAUCAUAACUCCGGACGGAUACACCGUACAAUUUGAAUGUAAAGUAGAAGGAUUCCCUCGACCACAAGUGACUUGGUUCAGACAAACUCAUAUAAUCAAAACAACACAAGAUUUCCAAAUGUAUUACGACGACGAUAACGUAGCUACACUUAUAAUAAGAGAAGUAUUCCCGGAAGACGCCGGAACUUUCACUUGCGUGGCUAAAAAUUCCGCCGGUUUCGCUUCCAGUACCACAGAAUUAAUCGUCGAAGGACCUUUAUCAUCUCACGCUUCAGAUUUAACUUCUAUUUCGCGAAAAAGUUUAUCUCGUACUUCUUCUUUCGCUGAUAUACUCGAAGGUGUUCCGCCUACUUUUGCCAAGAAACCUAAACCACAAUGUAUACCAGAAGAAACAGACGUCGAAGUAGAAAGUACCCUAGUCGGUGUACCGGAACCUGAAAUCAAAUGGUACUGCAACGGCAAGAAAUUAUCAACAAAGAAAAACGUUAUAAUUAUAACUACAUCGGAAACUUAUACUUACAAAACUAUUUUGAAGAUAAAAAAAGUGGAAAAGAAGCAAGAAGGAAGAUACAAGAUUGUAGCGAAGAAUAGAGAAGGUGAAGCUUCCGUAGAAUUCACUCUUAAAGUUACAACGAAGAGCAAAGAACCUCCUGAAUUAUUAUCGCCGUUGGAAUCACUUACCGUAAGAAAAGGAGAACCCGUAAAACUGUCAACUGUCAUAUCUGGUAAUCCAGAACCAACUAUCGAGUGGUUUAAAGAUGGUAAACCGUUGAGUAAACCGUUAUACAAAAAAUACGAUAAUACCUACACCGUUAAUAUUACAAAAAGUACUUUAUCAGAUACUGGUAAAUACACAGUUAGAGCCACGAAUUCUUUAGGUUAUGUAGAAACCACUGCGAGUGUUACCGUUGAAGAUUAUCCUGAAGACCAGGAACCACCGUUGUUCGUUGAACGUUUCGAAGAACAAACAGUACCGCAGAAAUCUCCUCUCACAUUAAAAGCCAAAGUGACAGGCCAACCAAUCCCCGAAGUUUAUUGGUUACGUAAUAAUGAACCGUUGGAACCAUCCGAUAGAAUUAAAAUAUUAUUCGAUGGCGAAAACGUAGAAUUGAAAAUAAACGAAACCAAUUCGGAAUUAGAUUCAGGAGACUAUAAAUGCGUAGCUGUGAAUAAUGCAGGAAAAGCUUCUCAUGGUGCUAAAAUAUCCAUCGAGGUAGAUACAGUUAAAUUUACAAAAGAACUUGAAGAAAUUUACGAAACCGUAGAAAGAAAAACAUUAGAAAUGGAAUGUGAAACUUCCCAUUCGGUUAGAACGAAAUGGUGGUUUAACAACACAGAAAUUAGUGGAAUGGAUCACCGCGUCGUUUCCCAAGAUGGUCGUACUCAUAAAUUAAUAAUUAAAAAUAUCAAUAAAAACGAUGAAGGUACUUAUAAAUGUACGGUUAAAAAUCAAAAAACUGAAACAAAAGUAAAAGUAGAACAAUGUAAAUUAGAGUUCGUUAAGAAACUUCAAGAUUUAGAAAUAACCGAAAAAGACACGGCGGUAUUAGAAGUCGAAAUAACUUCAGACAGUGCUAAUGUCGAAUGGUUCAAAGAUGGUACGCCUUUAAAAGAAACUGACGAUAAAUUCGAUACAGAAAAACUCGGCGGUGUAAGAAGACUUUUAAUCAGAACCACGUCCAUUCACGACGAAGGUGAAUAUAGUUGUAAACUAGUCGACGAAGAAUGCAAAGCGGAGGUAACAGUAAUUGAAUUACCACCGGAAAUAAUCACACCUCUCAAAGACCAAGUGGUCAAUAAGGGAGACAAAACCGUUUUCGAAAUCGAACUUUCUAAAGGCGACGCUUUAGCAAGAUGGUACAAAGACGGUAAAGAAAUACAAUUCUCCGAACACGUUCAACUUUCUAUAGACGGUAAAAGACAAAAAUUGAAAAUAUACAAAACAGAAACAGAAGACGAAGGUAAUUAUUCCUGCGAAUUGGGUACGCAAUCAUCAAAAGCUAAACUCACCGUACAAGUACCGACUUGUACGUUUAUCAGACCUCUACCAGAAAUUACGAUUGUACCAAUCAACACCGAUGCCGAAUUCGAAGUAGAACUUUCUAAAGAAGACGUAGAAGUUACUUGGUACAGAAAAUCAGAACGUAUUGAAAAAUCCUCAAGAUAUUCCAUCAUUAAAGAAGGUAGAAUAAGAAGAUUGAUUGUACGUAAGACUACUUUCGAAGACGAAUAUGAAUAUUCAUGUACCGUGGAUAAAUAUCAACUUAGAACUUCUUCAAAAUUGAAAAUCGGAGAUAAACCGUCUCCACCGAGAGGACCUCUGGAAAUAUCUGGAAUGACAGAUACUUCCUUUACCAUCCAAUGGCAACCAUCGGAAAACGAUGGUGGUUCACCUAUAAUAGAAUACAUUGUUGAAAUGAAGGAGGCUAAAUCUAAAACGGUUUUCAAAAAACUUGGGGCUACAAAAGGAGAAAUUACCAACUUCCCUAUCAACUAUUUGGAUAAAGGACAUGGCUACAAUUUCAAAAUUACAGCUAGAAAUGCUAUAGGUGUUAGUGAACCUUAUUUACCAGAAGAUACGAUAAUAGCCGGAUCCAGAAUAACACCUCCAUCGCCUCCUAUCAACCUCAAGAUUAAAAACUUGACAAGUAGAAGUGCUACGCUUACCUGGGAACCACCAGAAAAUAACGGCGGUACCGAAAUAACUGGUUAUGUCGUGGAAAAGAAACUAGAAUACAUGCCUAAAUGGGAAAAAGUAUUCACUUUAGAAGCUUUUUCUUUAGAAUAUACUUUCGAAAAUCUAAAAGAGAAGAGCGAUUACAUAUUCAGGGUGUACGCCGAAAAUUGCGUCGGACUUAGCCCUCCAGCUAAUUCGGAAGUUGUACAAAUGCGAACGCUUGCCACUGUGCCUUCGCCUCCUACUCCGCCAUUGGAAAUAAGAACAAUCGGUCCUAACGCUAUAGUAGUAGAAUGGGGUAUACCAGAAUCAGAUGGAGGUUCUCCUCUUCUUGGUUAUAACGUCGCUAUCAGAGACACGAAGAAAACGAUGUGGAUGGAAAUCGGACGUGUACCGAAGGGCGUACAAAAAUUCACUAUAAGAGAUUUGCAAGAAGAUCACGAAUAUAUGAUCAGAAUAUUUGCCAAGAAUGAAAUUGGACUCAGUGAACCUCUUGAAUCUGAUGAACCUUUCAAAGUACUCCCGUCUGGAGAUACGGAUCAAGAAGACUUCAAGGAAGCGACUGAUAGAGAACCCACUUCGUACAGCACUGAAACCUCGACUUCUUGGUUGAGAGAUAACAGCAUGGACGCGGAUAUUCAUUCUUAUUCCAAAGGGACUUUAUUAAAGAAAGACGAAUAUUUCUUCCGCAUUUGGUGCUACGCUACGAAAUUAUUUAAAUAAGAAAAAGAAGAAGACUUAAUUUGCUGUAACAAGAUGUAUAUAUUCACUCAUAUUAAGACUAUUUUUAGAUUUUUGAUACUGAUGAUGACUUUGUAUAAAAAAAAUCUUAAAUAUAUUCGCGUUGAUAUCUAAAAACUGAAAAGGGUUUCAAUAUUAUUCGAUUAAAUAUAUUUAAAUUGAUGUUAAUAAAGUGUAAACCCUUUUGAGUUUUUGUUAAACGAGCUGCAAUGUUUUUAAAAAAUUGAAAUCAACUCGAAUGUAUUUAAGGAUCACUUAGGAUACUGUGAUACUGAAAAUGAUUCUGCGAAAAAAAGCAGUGAGCCUAUUUACGACUAUUUUUUUUGUUGUAUAAAUAUUUAUCCCUAUAAAAGAAUUUUUGAUUUAAAAUUUUAUGGGCAGUUGUUUUUGUUUGGUUAUUAUAUUAAUAAUGUUUAUAUUGUUUAUGCUGUGCACUAUUCGAGUUUAAUAUUUCAUUGUUAAUUUUUUUAAUUCUUGUCAAGAUAUUGACGUCGUCGUUAAAUAUGAGAGAAAAUAUAGGUGCAAUUAUUAACAAUAUUAUCGACGAUUUCAAUAUAUUGUUAGGAAUAAACGAAAUUUUAAAAA